UCAUCUUCAUUUCUUUAUUCAAGAGUCGUCUUCUUCACCUUGCUCCCCUGUAUUUCAGUGUUGUCGCUGCAGCUCUCCUCUUGUGACCGGGGCGGACCUACAUUUUGGGGAACCCUGAAGUUUGAACUGGUAUGGGGGCUCCUUCGCAACCAGCAUUGAGGUCUGGGUAGCCAAUGUGAUCUCCAAUGGAGUUGUUCCAUGACAGAUUGCCACAUUUUCUUUCUUUUUUUUAAAGUUAGCUACUACAUCUCAGUUUUUGAUUAAAAUUGCUGUACUGGAUUGUCUCACAUGUCAAAGUCACUGGUGUGAAUAAUUAUUUCCUAUACUUUAUAGUUUUCAAGUUAUUGGGUGUGGGUGUGUGAAAAUUAGGGAAAUGUCAUAUACAUCCAUGAAUAAAGUCGUUUCUUGGGCCUCAGUGGGAUUAGGGUCCCUAAAGCUAAAACUUCAUUAAUUUCAUAGUAGACCUGUCCCUGCUCGCGACUCUGGGCUGCUUGAGAAGCAUUUCAAAAAUACGAAGACGCCGAAGAGCGGCUGUUCCGCCGGGCUGAGGAAUGAAAGGCUCCACUUCGCGUUCAGGAUAUAACAGGGCCGAGUCCGACGGACUGGCAGGUCCGUCCCCGGCUCCCGGCAGUGAUAAUCGCAUUCGGCGGAGAUCUCUCAGCGUCUGGCAAUCCAGAACGCCGCUCCUACCCGAUCCGGCCAAUGCGCGUUCCGCGCGCUCUCCGCCGGGCGCGGCAAGACCCGCUUUGCCUUCAAGCGCAAACGCUAAGCAAGCCGGAAUGCAAAAGCAGAGCAGCGGAGACCGCCCUACCACGCAUGCGUGCUACCAGCCCUUUCGCCGCCGCCGCCGCCUCCUACUUCUCCCCGGCUGUGAAGCUAACGUUCCGCCCGCAUGGAGAUUUCACAGGAGCACCUCUCCCAUUGGCUGCCUCCCUCCCAGCACGCGCGUCUACGCCACACCCACUUGGCUCCCUAGUUUCCCUUUGAGGCGUCGAGGGCCAAUGCCUCGCGCUCCUCCUCCCCAGUCCGCGCGCGCCCUCGUUGCUCGUAGUUCCUCAGCUCGGAUUACUUCUUCCCUUCCCUCCCUCCCGCCUUGCCUGCCUUCGGUGCGCGCGUGAGGGGAGCGCGUUUGCGCGCGCCGUUUCUCCCCCUCGCCCCCCCCUGCGCUCUGUCAGUGUCUCGCGCUCCUCCAGUCUGUUGGAGGCUCCGUUAAACGGCGGUGGGUUCCUGUUUCCGUCUUUUCAUCACUCCCUUCCCCCGCCGCCGCUCCGUUUCCACCGCCGUCUCUCUCCGCCUCUUCUUCCCAGCCGGCAACCUCAGGAGCGCCGGCGUUGAGGAGCAGAGGUGACCAGGAACCCAGCCUGCGGGCGGGCGGCCGGGCAACACGGGCACCGAGGCGGGUAAGGCGAGGCCGUGGGGGCGCUCGGGGAACUUGAGGGAUGCUGCUUCUCCCGCUCCAGCCCAUCCUCCCUCGCGGGCCUGGCGCAGCAGCAGCAGCUGCGGUUACUGAUGAGGAGGGAGGUGGCGGGCGGGCGAGGGGUGGCUGACUGGGAAGGGGAAGGAGUGAUGGUGGGGGGAACGGGGACCUUCCGCCGAGGCCGCCUGGCUCUUGGGGUUCCUUCGCCUCGCCCGGGACAAAAUCCUCAGGGAAGGAGGGAGGAGGAGGUGUCCUGGCCGGGGCCUGCCUGCGUGCUCCGGGAAGGCGGCCGGGGGUGUCUCAGGCCGGGGGUGUAGGUAGGAGAUGGUUCUCUUCUUGGGGCAGUAGCGUUGCUAUGUGGGUGCUAGGAAAGAGGCGGCGGCGGCGGCGGCAGCAGCAGCAGCAGCAAAAGCAAUGGUGAUGCACACACACAAAAACACCCAGGAAAAAAAAAGGACGUGCACAAGCCAAAGCCCCGAACAUCGUGCGCGGAGGCGCCCGCGAGAGACGCGGCAAGCUGUACAAAAUGCAGCACGAGCAGCCAGUGUGCAAGGAGCUGGGGGUGGGGUUGCCAUCUGGGGAAUAGGCGGGGGUGGAAAACGAGGGGUAGGAUGUGCUGAAAGCGGGCGCUGAAGAAGAAGAAGAAGAACAACUGCGGGAGUGGUCUUGCUUUUCUUGCACCCCCGCCCCUUGUGUAGAAGUGGUGGCUUUCAACUUUACUUCAGAGUCAGGAAGUGCACCCGGUAGCUAGCGAGGGUGCAUACCCCUUUUAUUUCCUUAUAUCUUGCUUUUUCAUGGGCCUCAUUAACAAGCAUGGGCGCUUGGCCGUCCGCCGUUCAGUGGCCUUGCCAUUAUCGUUUUUCAUGUAUCUGUUUUAGUCAAAACAGGAUGUUUUUGUGUUUUAUGUAAUUGGUGCUGUUUGUGCUUGGAUACCUUUCGCAUUUAGUUCUUUGGACUUUUUAAAACUUGUGCUGUGUUGUGUGAGUGACUCAACAUGUCAACUAGAGACUAUUUCAAUAAAAGUCGCUGUUACAUCCUUUCCAAAUGUUCAUGGAUGAUCCCCACUGCAAAAAAAAUCAGAGGACUUGAGAAACUAUAGACAGGGAGAUCAUAAAGACCUCUAGCAUAAACUGCUACUCUUUCUUUCCUCUUUAUAUCCUCAAAACCUGUGGACACAUCACCACUUACUUCAGAAGUGCAUAUGGUAUUGUACAGCUUCCGUAACCUGUUCUUGACCUUAACUCUGCAAAUAUUUACACACAUUCUAAAUUUGAUUAUUGAUAGUUUAACUUUUGGGAGUAGUCCUUUCAGUGGGGCUGUUGACACCAAUAAAAAUAGUGGUAUGUGUUUGACUAUCAGAACAUAGCAUUUCAAAGUACUUUAAUGGUACAAAAUUUAUUUGCUUCCAUAUGGCUUGAGCUUGCAAUGUUGAUUUAAAUUUUUGCUCAGCAAGGAGUGCCAAUAUUGUUUCCAGUACUAAUGUCUCAAAUUUCCAAUUAUGUUAAUACAUAUUUGGACAGUCCUCAUCUUUUAAAAAAUCCCAAAAGCUGAAAGAACUAUAACAAAUUAUUCAUCAGACUUAUGCCUUCGAGUCUUUCCUUCAUAUUUUCCCAAAAUUGCCCUGUUUCAAAGGAUUAGAAAGUAAGGAACUUACACUUUAAAGUCUAUGAAGUAGAUAUUUAAAAUCAGUUGCUGGUAAGGGGUUUUGUAGAAAGAUACCUGGUACAGUAUGCCAUUUCUUUAUUAAUGCAAUUUUGCUUUGAGUAAUGGCCUUGUUGAUCAUGCAUCCUUUAGAUAUGGUACUCACUUGCAUCCUGCAGAUGUUCAUUCUUUUGUAAUAAAAAACAGGAGGAAAGCCUACUUGCAGCACAAUCGUAGGCCUGUCUACUUAGAAGUAAAUCCAGUGGGAUUUAUUCCUAGGUAUAGGAUUGCAACCUUAGAUUGUAUCUUCUGAUAACUUUGUUAUAGUUAACUGUACUGACUUGUUUCAUACUUCAUAUCAUGCAGCUACUUAGAAUGUCCAAAGAGUUGAGCUGAGUGCUUAAGUUGUGUUAAAACAGUGUUUAUUUCAGAAAUGUAAGUUGCUAGAAGUAAGAAGUACUAAUAGUUGAUAAAAGCAGAGGCUUAAUUUUGGGUAAGAAUUCUCGUAGAGUUUUUGUUUUAAUUUGCUUAGACUAUUUCUUCAGAGGAGUGAAGGGAAAUACUGUACAGAAAGGUUAUAUGGUAGGCUACUUCACGCUACUCAGCAACCAAGUAGGCUAUUUAAUAACAGCUGUUCAAUAAUAAUAAAUUGUGUGGAGAAUUCCUUGAUUAUAAAAUUUCAUUCUAAAUAGGUUAUGUUUGCAUGUAAGUCUACCAACAAACAGGUUAGUAUAGGUACAAUAAAACUGAGUGUUUCUUCCAUCUGAAAGUGGAGUGUUUACUGUUAAAACAAACUGUAAUGAGUGUCAGUACUGUUCCAAAUAGUACUAUCUUGGCAAUAUGGACAAUACAGACACCUUCCUUUAAAAAGUAGUUCUCGUCAUUUUUAGAGACUCACUGCAUAUUAUUUGAAAUUUUGAGAGACAGUUUCAAUCUCUGGCUUUUGUAGCUGUGUAUUCCAUAAUGAAAAAAGUAAUUACAGUGUUAAGUUGGUCUGGAGGGGGAGCUAGUGCUAAAGCAAAACAACAUUUAAAUUUGUUAGAAUCCUACAGACCUUACAGGACUGUUUCCCGUUUGAUUGUGGUAUGUUCUUAUUACGGUUAUAAUUGCUUAAAAUGCUUCAAGGGAAAAGAAAACUAUUUUUAUUAUGCUGUACUCUAAUGCCUAUUAAUCCAAAUAUGUUCAAGAAGUUCAUAUAAUAGUGUUUCUCACAAACAGUGCAUAAAAUGUUGGCUUGGAACAUAUGUCUGCAGACAUAUCUUAAAUCAAUUAUUUUGUUCUGAAAGUAAUGACUCUGUUUCAGUGUAAAAAUAGUUUUUAGUGUAGAUGUACUCUUCUUGUAUUUCUUUUGCAACCUGGUUCAUAACCAACUAAGUUAUAGUACUUGGGUUUAACCUGAGUUGGACUGCAAUCCUAAACAUACUUUCUAAGAAAUAAGCCCAUUUGAACCCAGUGAAACCAUGCUUUUUAGUGUCAUUGAAUUCUUAAACUGCUUAAAUCAAAGUACUUGCUGACUGGUCUUACAGUAUAGUAACUUCUUAACCUACUCAACUGUUUAUAUAUUUUUUGAAAUAUUAAGUGCUUUAUAAAUGCUUUUAAAUAAAUAAACCCAAGAUUAGUCCUUUAUGCACUUACUUGGGAGUAAGCCCCAGUGAAUAUAGUGGGACUUACUUUUGAGUAAAUAUACAUAGACUUGGAAGAGGUUCUUUUGGUAUCUUGAAGGUAACAUUUAGGCCUGAGCCAAAAUUCCUCUUGGUUCUUUUGUGUUCUUUUCUCAUAGAUAGGCUUCUUGUUUUGUUGGGGGCAAACAUUGAAAAAAAUGUGAUAUCAUAAUUAUUUCUUUGUAUUGAUCAGUAUUGGUGAUUUGCGUGAUUUGCUGUCUUGCUCUGUAGGACAUUGUUGCAGUGCUCAGUAACAUCAGCACCUCUUGUCAAGUAUAGCACCUCUUGCCAAGUAGUGGUAUAAUUGCUACACUGGGGUAGCUCUGGCUUUCAUGUGUUUCAGUUCACUACUAUGUCACUUGUUCAUGCCUAAGUUCAAAAAUCAUAUCUGUAUCUCAGAUAAGGUCCUGUAAUUAAGAUAACUGUUCUGCACUUUGCUCUUUGUAGAAAUCUUGGAACAGGGUUAAAUAGUGUAAAGUGUGAGUUGUAGCUGCCUUGUCAAGGCAUUUUCUCAUGGUGCUGUGUACAAAUUUGUCCAUUGUCAGCUUCUUCUGUGGAAAAAGCCUUAGUAGGCUGAGUGGUGGUAUUGCAUAUUUUUGCUUUAAAAGAAUGAUUCUUCACUUAUGAUGUAAUUCUUGUGAUUAACUUGCAAGUAGGGACUUGUUUGUAUUUUGUUAACCUGUAUGCAGCUUUGCAUGACAGUGAGCCACAUACCAAGCGGAAGUGUUACAGAAGUGUAGUAGAAAUUACUGAAAUACAACUUGUUGUUAAGGAAAGCAAAUGACACAGUAUAUGGAUCCUUGUUCCUGGGUGGAUUAGAUUGACUUUCAGCCACUUUUCUAGCCACCAUCUCUCCAAGCUUCCCUCCCCCACUGCCUGUGAUAGAAAUCUGGGAGCUCGAAACAAUAGUUUUUGUAACACGUUCCCUCAUGGCUUUAAAACGUGUUUCCAGGUGGAAGAUGCUGCCUGCACAGUAGUCUUAAAAGGUUAGGUUCUGUACUCCUCUUUGCCUUGGGAUGCCUGCUCAACAAAUAGAGCGCAUUCCUCUCGUGUGUGCAUAUAUUGAUUGAUAUAUCUGAUAUGGUAGCACUCCAUGUGUGUAUAAAAUGAAGGUGUGUAAAAAGGGGCAGUGGAUGCAUGCCACUGAAGUUGCAUAUCUCUUUGGCCCUGCCGCAAUGCAUGGAUGUCUGCACAGGUGGAGCCUAUGUAUGAAUUCUUCCACAUGAGCUGGAGUGCUGUGCAAUUAGAUACAACUUCUGGGGAAGCCUAUGCACACGAGUUUCACCUAAGAAGAGUCUUCACUCAUUGAAUAUCCAUGCAAUAUGUUGCCCCUUUGAAUAUCUAGAGCCCCUUCACACAGUUGAUAAUAGUUAGGAGCAGCAUUUAGGAAUAAUUCUUUAAGAAAAAAAAGUUUGACUGUACUAACAACACUUCUAGGGGUUUCAAAUGUCUAUGCAGAAAACAGUAAUAUAAUUACUGUUGUUGUUUUAAAAAACAACCAGCAGAAGUCCUUUAGGUCCGGAGGGUGUGUGUGUCAAAAUCCAGUUUCAGGAAAUGCCUUUAUUUGUAUUUUCAUUGUUGGAUUAUUAUUUUUAUAUUUUUAUUUGUAAGCUGCUGUAAAAAAAAAAAAGGCUUAGUAAAUACAUUUCUAUACUACUUUUCCAGAAUAAAAUUCUUCCCAAGAUGGUUCAGAUAAUGUAUCAAAGUACUGUACAACAGUAAAAUGCAGUAAACAUAAUUUAAAAGUGUCUUGUCAUUUUAAUACAGUAUAACAUAAUCCUAUAUUGUUAAAAGUAUUGACUAACAUCUGUUCAGUGCCAAAAAUGCAACAUAGUUCAGUCACCAAUAUCAGAUUCCAAACCAUAAUUUGUUAUCUUAAGCGAAGGUAAAAUAUUCAGUGACAGGCCCUUCCUAAUAUCAUUCAGGUGGACUUCUAUUUGAGAGUUGUGAGACCACUGCUGAAAAACCCCUCGCCUGCAUGUCUGCCAGCUGAAGUUCUUUUGCUGACAGGCAUUUCAGCAGGGUUUCAGAUGCAGAUCUGCUUUGCUUUGAGCAGUGCCUCUGGAGGGGAAAAUUAGGGUAUAAGUUUUAAAAAGAACGUACCAAAGUUGUAAGCAGUCUUCCAAGUUCUAUUGUAACUUAGUUUUCAAAAUUUUGGCUGGCUUAGAGUUAUGUGGAACCAGUCAGGGAUUAUGAACAUGUGGCACUUAACUCCCUUUAGUUUCAACUGAUGUGGUCUGGGAUGAUGUAAUUGGUGAUUCAGCAAAGGCUGCAAGUUUCCCAUUCUUGUUUUAAAUUGUGGCCCCCAGCUGUUGUUGGACACAACUUCUAUCUUCCCUAGCAAGUUAAUUUAUUCCCAGUAAUAAAGGAAGGCAGUUCUGAUAGGACAGUGAAGAUGAGUUUAAGCUUCAAAGCAAGGGUUUAUCUCUUUCUUUGCCACUGGAUUUGCUGAAAGCACCAAAGGGUGAGUAGUACGUAAGUAUCUUAUUCUGGUAUUACUUCAUCUUAUCUUGCAGUGGUAUGUAUCCUGAGCCCUUGGGAUGGGGAUGGUUAAAAUGUAAUAAAAUAAGUUUAUUCUAUUCCUGUUCUUCAUGUUCUUGUUUCUUCUUCUGACCAGCUGUAGUUGGCUGAAAGGUAAUCUGAAUCAGUUUCCUUUACCAUCAGAAGGGGAAAUGCUGCUUUCUUCACCACUUGACAAUAUAUUUUAGAGAGAAUAGUACUUUUUUGAUGCUAUGAUGUUUAUUAGUUCUCUCUUGCAUCAUGAUGUGGAAAUGAUCAUGAUUAUCUCUUCUAUCAGCUUACACAGACCAGUGAUGUGAGGGCACUUGCAUUAUCUCCUUGUUACUGGUUACCUUUUCCUCCCUUUCCUUGAAGACUAGAAGCUGAUAAGAGAACCAAGUUCAGCACACCCCUAUAAAUAAACUGGAAAACAAUUUUUUCUUUUCCAGCUAUUAAGUAAAUUUUGUCCCAUCUGAGUAUUUUUAAGGCUCCUGUUCUGUAUGCUUGCUCUCUUCCGUGUUUCUGCAAAGUUAUAAGGGAACUAGCAGUUUAUUUCGCAUUGUUGGCUCUCCAGGUUUUGCAGUUAAGCAUUUGCUCAUGUAGAGGUAGUAUAGUGAAAUGUGCUGCAGAGCUUCACUUUGAUUUCUACUUGUUAAAGUUUGUAUUGAACAAAAUCUUUGCAUGUGUGGAAUGACUUCUGCACAUGCAGUGCAACUUUCCCUUCUUUCCCUUUUAUUCUGCAUGUCCCCUAAAUCUGCUUUGAAGGGUUGGGGAAAUGCACAGAGCAGGUGAAGGGGAGGAGAAGUUCCAUUAUGCUUAUAGAAGUAAUUCUGCAUGUGCAGUUAUUUAGUUGAACAUGACCCUAAGACUACAGUCCUGUACACAUUUCCCUGGGUAUAUGUUCCAUUGGUCUUCUGAGUAAACAGGCCUAGGAUCAGGUUGCACAUAACUACCGGUAUAAGUUGGAAUGGACAAAUUUGACAACAGUUGGAGAUUUUUGUGGUGGCAGUGCAUAUAUGGUCAGAGGUUUUCCAACAUCACUGUCUGCCUUAAUGAAGGAUUCUUGUUUCAAGUUUUCUUAGAAGAAGAAAAACUUAAGUGGAAGGCCUUUGUCUGUUCCUUUGAACCUGGUAUUUUGAUCAGGUGCAGUUUGCUUUUGUGGGGAAAACUUUUUCUUAAAGGCAGUUCACUUUUCUUGAAGUAAACAACACCUAAGGUUUAGAAGUGGGCACUAUUUAAUUUGAUGCUCUGUUUCUGACUAGUUGUGGCUUGAUUUCCAAAAUAUUGAGAUGCAGGAAUGGUAGAGAAGGAAUGAAACUACCCUGGGGUGGCAGUGCUCUUGUUAAAUUUCUGUCCUUCCUAUUGAUGUAGAAAAAACCUGCUCCUUUUUCCUUAUGGGGUAUGCAAGAGCCCGGUUCCCUAUCCGUAGGAGAAAAUAACAGAGGCCAACCAGAGAAUAUUGAGAAGCAAAGCAGCUAGUAAGCCUGAUCUUUAUUAAACUGCUGCAAUAGAGUCCUCACUCACCACAUGCAGGAGGGAGGAGGAACCCAGAACAAUGGUGUGCAAGCCCUUAUAUAGAUUUUUGAAAUUGCCCCCCCACGCUGUAGCUCAAGACCACCCCCAAAAACACCAUACAUGUUAGGAUAUUUCCGUUCCACCUUAAAAGGGGGCAGGCUUUGUGAGUCACGAGAGUCUGCGCAUUUCCUGUUCACAGGAAGUUUAUGUUUUCUAUUGCUUUCGUUUCUCUCUCUGUGUCUGGAGACACUAAAGCAGGCAGUCAUGUUUUUCUUUGUUCUGAUCAACGCUGAAUAAAACUUGUAAAUAAUGCUCUCCUGAGUGCGACUUUUGCUGUGAAUUAUCUGCUGAUAGAGCAUGCAUUGAGUUCUGGAAUGUGGCAAGCUAUUUCUGGAGCUCAUGUCGCUAAUUGCUGAUACUGCGUGCCUACGGGAGAUCGACGGACGUCCGGACACGGCUUGGGGGCCAUGAUGGACUUUGUCUCCCUGGCAGAAUCCCAACAAUACAUACACCACAGAAGGAGGGGGUCUACAACAAAAAUCCUUUCUGCCAGGAUACCUGACAAUGGCCAGUGAUUGCUUUACUUGGGCAGCCUGCCCAUUCUUUUGUGAUGGUAAAUACUUUAAUUCCUGAAUCCAGAUCACAGGUUCUCACCCUAUUCAUACACAAAGAUGCCCUAAAGACAGGUAAGCAAAAGACAAUGGAGAGGCUUUCCCAUUUCCUUCCUCCUUGCAGAGAAAUAUUUGAAGUCAAUUUGGGAGAGUCAAAAUGGUUUCAGGAUUGCUCUCUUGUACUAUUUCAGACAUGUGGUUUAUAUACUUAUGUAUGUGUUUGCUUUGUAAAUUUAUGAACAUUUAAUUUAUAUAUUUGAGACCUUAAGUUCUUAUAACACCUCCCAAAUUUCCAUCCUGCCCUGUCCUCCUCAAGACAACAAACAACAAAAUAGCAAAAAAAGCAAACUUUUUUUUAAAAAAAGAAACCAAUCAAAUAUUCUCACAGCUAAGGUUCAAGGUUGCUAGGAACAACAUAUUUCAGCCAUCAAAGACCUGAGAUUUGAUGUUAGGUCUUUGGAAUUGGAAAUAUGUAUUGGACAAUUUCCCAUAAAAGACUUUGAAGACUUCAGAUGUGUUGUGUAUCAUCUAAAUAUUCAAUGCAAGUAUGUUAAGAGGAUUAUUAUCUUUGACCUUAGUAAUAGGUAUGAAAUGCACUGUAGUGUGUAAACCUCAGAGCAAAAUGAAAAUAAAACAUAAGAUGCAUUAAAAGAUAAUUGUUUUGCAAAAUGCAGCUACAGAAGCAAAGAGAUCCUCAUGCAUCACUUCACAUUAUUUCAUGUGCUCAGUUAUCCAUUCAAUGCAUAAAUGAAACCAGAAGCUAUGAUCUACUUCACUUAAAUUCAAUAACCAAUAACAGGAGUUAAAAUAAAGUCAUGUGUUUCUAAAUAGGAACCCCUUUUAUAAUCACGUGGUAAAUAAACCUUAAAUAAUACUAACCUAGUAAAGGGCUGCAUGAUAUGCGAUGCAGACACUUUAUGAUGUCAGACACUCCUGACAUAAAAAUUUCAACCUUUGGAUACUCUUGGAUUUACUACUGUUCAUCUGUAACUGUAGCUAGGAGCCAAACUCUACAGAGAAAUCCUUUAGUUCAGGAACCCUUGGCCCUCCAGAUGUUGCUGAACUACUGUUCCCAUCAGCCCCUAAGAGCAUGGCCAAUGGUCAGUAAUGAUGGGAGCUGUAGUUCAGAAUAUCUAGAGACAGAAAGCUUCUUCACACUAAUUCUAGAGAAUGAUUUAUUCUACUCACUUUUAGUAAGAAAAGCUAAAAACUGCUAAGGUUACCAAUUUUCUGUGGGAAAUAAAGUACUGGAAAAUCUUCCCCACAUCACUGAUGAUUAGCAUGGCUGUUUGGCACUAGAUUAUCAGAUUAGCAAUAUGUGCCUUAGGGCAGGAGGAAGAAGCAUAGAUGUUGCCCUUGCUACCAACUUCAUUCUCUUUUAGGAACUUGAAUGAAAUUCUGCAGGUUGGCUCUUUGCUUUCCCAUUCUUGACAUACUCUAUUGUAUCUUCCCAAUAAGAAAAGGUUAAAAUGCUUAGUUUUUUUUUUUUUUUAAGUUUAGGAAAGAGGAGGGCUUGGCUGAGAUUUAUAAAAUUCUGUUAUGGUGUGGAGAAAGGUGGAUUUUUCUUUCUUUCACACAGUAGUAGAGCUUGGCCUCCCAGUGAACUUUAUUGAAAACAAAAUGAAGUACUACUUUACAUAAUAAGUUCUUAAGGAAUUAGCUGCCCAUGGAUGGGGUGAUGACCACUGACAUACUUAAAAUGGGUUUACACAAAUUCAGGAAAUAUGGGUAUCAACACUCUGCAUCUGUAUUGGAUAUGUUAUAUCACUUGUGUGUUUGCUCCCCAUGGCUCCUAUGCGAUGAAGAGUGAGAUGCAAGUUUAAUUAAUAAUGAUGGUGAUGGUAAUGAUAGUAGUAGUAGCUAUUAGUUAUCAUGGCCAAAUGAAGCUUUGUCUAUGUGCUUAGGAAUGCUAUCUGCUGGGUGUGGAAUCAAUAUGGGGAGGGUUCCUUUGUUCCUUGCUUGUGACUUCUUAAAAGCAUCUGAUUGAUCUGUUGGAAUCAGGAUGAUUGACUAAAUGGAUUUCUGGUCCAAUCUAGCAGGUAACAUCUGCAAACAUAUAAUAAAAUACAUUAAUCUUUUGUUAUGAACAUGUAGCUCACAAAUGAUCCUGAAGUGAUUAAUACCUGAGUGAAAAUAUAUUCUUGAUGAUGCUCUGGUUUAGUUGGAUGAUAAGUCUUUAGAGUACAGUGGUACCUCGGGUUACAUGUGCUUCAGGUUACAGAUGCUUCAGGUUACAGACUCCGCUAACCCAGAAAUACUACCUCGGGUUAAGAACUUUGCUUCAGGAUGAGAACAGAAAUUGUGCUCUGGUGGCGCGGCAGCAGCAGGAGGCCCCAUUAGCUAAAGUGGUGCUUCAGGUUAAGAACCAUUUCAGGUUAAGAACGGACCUCCAGAACGAAUUAAGUUCUUAACCCAAGGUACCACUGUAAUCAGGUUUCGUUUGUUGAUAUUCUUUCACUGUUACAGUGUUAAUAAGUACGAGUGUUACAGUGUUAAUAAGUAAUUUAAUACAGUGUUACUAAAUAAUCUAAAAUUUUAAACAAGUUGAUAUGUGUUAAAUAACCUAGCUGUCCACACGGAUAUACAUGCUUGCUGAAUUGAUCUUCUUGACCUUAUUUUGUUAGCCCCUUUCUCAGUUUUGAAAUUCACCAUAGCUGAAUUGAACUCUAGCCUUCUGGAGUUCUUAGAGUGUCAACAAGCAUGUGAAUAGGAACAAAGUGGUAGGGAAUUGUAUACUUGGCCUUUCAAAAAGCUUUUGAUAGUCUAUCACAUAAUGCUUCAGAGUAAACUUCACAGUCAUGGCUCAUCUUAUUGAUUGGUAACUGGUUAAAGAAAAAGAAGUAGAGUAGAAAGAAAUGUACUGUUAUCGGAUGGAAGGAGUAAGAAGUGGGGUAUUUCCAGACUAGCUGAAUGGGUAUUAAAGUGGGCAGUGUGUUCAUUGUUUGCAAGAUUAUAACACUUUAAAAAAGAAAAGAAAAAGCCUAACUGCACAUAUACAGUAAUGAGAAACCAAACAGGAAAGGAAUCUGAGGGUUGUGAUGUAUAGUUGAAUGAAAACACCAACUCAACGUCAGAUUCAACUAAACAGUUAUGCCAGUGGGACCAGGUCAAUGAGUGUCACAAGCGCAACGAAGAUUUCCCUCCCCAACCUAACCCACUACACAUGCCCCCUCUACAUUGGCUGUGCACUGACAGAAUGAUCAUCUUAACACAACUUUGAAUUCCACCCUUGGUGUGUGCCAGCUGUGAUGAGGGCAAAUCCAAUGUUAGUAAUCAUUAAGCAAUGCACUGAAAACAAAACUUCCAGUAUUGUGAUAUCCUUAUAUAAAUGUACGGCACAGUCACACUUGGAAUACUGUGUAUAGUUCUGUGUAUAGUACCCAUUUCUCCGGCAGUAAAAAAAAGUUUUAAAAUACAGUGGUACCUCGGAUUAAGUACCAGUGUAAUAAUUUUCAAUAGGACUGGUCUAGGGAGACUAGGGGAUCCUUUUGAACCUCCAUUUUGAUUUUAUUUCCCUUCGAAUAAACUCAAACCAAUCAGGAGUAUCUCAGAAAUGUAUUGAAAAUUUUAUAACACUAGGACAGGACUAUGAAGAUACUUACUUGCUAUGUGUGUUUAAACAAGAUUGAGAGAGAAUUACUGAAUGAGCAAAGAUCUAGGUUCCUGUUCACUGCUGAGAAAGCGUGACUUAACUGUGUGCACACUCAUGAAAGCAAGCAUACAACUAAAGCUCUGUUGGGUGCUAAGUAUUAAUAAAACAGCAAGGUUUGAAUGUUCACUGUUUCUUUGCUGAAAAAGGAGGAUAGGGAAAGAGCCAGAACUGGUGGAGGCCAUGCAACUUUUCUCAUAUCAGAAAACUGGGACAGCUGUAAAAUACUUUUCAGUUAGAUGCUAUUUGCAAGGGAGCAAGUUGUGGAGAAAAUUGGAAGUUGGCCACACGCCCUGUGACAUCUUCCCAGGUCUAGUGGACACCAACUGCCACUGUUCCAGACUCUUACCUUGCUUUCUUUACUGGAGCAGGUAGGGGAAGAAAAAAGUUCCACAACCAGUAGUGCUAAUGGACAACCCCUUACUUUAGCCUGCAAGGAGUGGGAAGGAAGAUGGCUAUAUUUUCAUCCUCCAAGGAUGAAGAAGGAUGAACCCUUCUUCAAGGGUUAAAAACACUGGCCUAGAGGUAGAAGGCAUGUGAAACCUGGUCACUAAUGCUUUAUGUCUGUGAUCUAUUGCCCCAACUACUUUCCUGAAAGAGAAUUAGCUAGCUUCAGGUCAGGAACACAUUGUGGUUUUUUUUUUUUAAUGUUUUGUUAAGAUUUUCUUGCGUAACAAUAGAACAUACAAAGCCUCUGUUUUAAGCCAUAGAAUCAUUAAAACAAAUCAUUUAUAUUCAGGGUGAGACAUUACUGUUCCAGGCAAUACGGGGUUGUGGGAAAUAAGUUUCAGAGAGAGAUCUCUUCUUUUGGCUGAGAUAGUUUUAAAGGGUAGCUUGGUUGAUGACCUCCAUUCAGUGUGGUAGCUUGCAGUGUGGGAGAGUCUACAUGGUUUCCCUUCCCACUUAAAACAGGAUUCUUAUUACUUCCAAUCAUUCACCAUUGUGUGAACCAAAUGCUGUCUCCUCUAGUCAGUAUAUUAUAAAGAUGAUAAUAUAAAAAGUGCUCUCCAUAUCUGCAAACCAAACAAAGAUAUAAAGCAGUCAAGGGAGCAAGUGCUUUUAGGUCACCAUAGGUUUGAAUUUGGGAAGUGGGUGGCGCUGUGGGUUAAAACACAGAGCCUAGGGCUUGCCGAUCAGAAGGUUGGCGGUUUGAAUCCCCACAACGGGGUGAGCUCCUAUUGCUCGGUCCCUGCUCCUGCCAACCUAACAGUACGAAAGCACCUCAAAGUGCAAUUAGAUAAAUAGGUACCACUCAGGGGGGAAGGUAAUGCUGGCUUAGUCAUGCUGGCCACAUGACACGGAAGCUGUACGCCGGCUCCCUUGGCCAAUAAAGCGAGAUGAGCGCCACAACCCCAGAGUCGUCUGCAACUGGACCUAAUGGUCAGGGGUCCCUUUACCUUUAGGUUUGAAUUUAUCUUUAGUAGUGAUACUGUUUUUCAAGCUCUGCUCUUCUGGAUUAGCAUUUUAACAUGACACCUCUUGCAGGAUAUCAGACUGAUGCUGUCACAUAUUACUAUAGGUGAUGGAAGCAUGAUUUCAGUCUGAACUGUACCCUCAGGAAGAUUUGCAACAUAAAACACAAAAAUCAUCUUCAGAGGGAGCCCUAUGUAUAAUGUGUUGCAGUAAUCUACCCUAGAGGUUACCAGAGCAUAGACAACAGUAGUUAGGCUAUCCCUGUCCAGGUAGGGGUGCAGCUGGGCCACCAGCCAAAGCUGAUGGAAGGCACUUCAUGCCUCAGAGUCCACCUGAGCCUCAAGCAACAGCAAAGGAUAUAGAAGUACCCCUUAGCUGCGAACCCAUUUGUUUAGAGCAGGCAUAGGCAAACUCGGCCCUCCAGAUGUUUUGGGUCUGAUGAUGGGAGUUAUAGUCUCAAAACAUCUGGAGGGCCGAGUUUGCCUAUGCCUGCUUUAGAGGGAGUGUAACCGCAUCCAGAGCAGGCUAUCUCCCAGCCAUCUGAUAUAGGGAACCACCCACUAACAGUGCCUCAAACUUAUCUGGAUUGAGCUUCACAUUGUUAGCUCUCAUCCAGUCCAUUACUGAGGCAAAACAAUGAUCCAGCACAGAAGCUGCCACGCCUGCAGAUGUAAAGGAGAAGUAGAGCUGUGUGUCAUCAGCAUAUUGCUGACAAUGUACCCCCAAACUCUGGAGGAUCCCACUCAAUGUUUCAUGUAGAUGUUAAACAGCAUGUGGGUUAAAAUCAAACUGUGAGUAACCCUGCAUUGAAGGCUUCACGGAUCUGAGCAGCACUCUCCAAGCAUCACUCUCUGAAAACGACCAUCCAAGUAGGACUAGAACCACCACAAAACAGUUCCACCCCCCAAAAAACCUCAGCCACUACAGAAUCGACUGAGAGUUCAAGGACAAUUAACAGAAACACAUACUCCCGUCUCUCUUCCAACACAGGUCAUUGUGCAGGGUGACCAAAGCAGCUCUUGUGCCAAAACUAGGCCUAAACUCUGAUGGAAGUGGAUCUAGAAAAUCCUGCUGCUCUCAUCUGAGAGUAAGGAAUUUAUUUUGCAAUAGGGAUGUCUUUCUUGCCUAAUCUCUGAUACAGUGGUACCUUGGUUCUCAAACUUAAUCCGUUCUGGAAGUCUGUUCCAAAACCAAAGCGUUCCAAAACCAAGGUGCACUUUCCAUAGAAAGUAAUGCAAAACAGAUUAAUCCGUUCCAGACUUUUAAAAACAACCCUUAAAAGAGCAAUUUUACAUGAAUUUUUCUAUCUUAACAAGACCACUGAUCCAUAAAAUGAAAGCAAUAAUCAAUGUUCUGUACUAUAAAAUAAAUAAGACAGUGUUGUAGAUGAUAAAAAUUAAAAUUAUUUUUCCCCCUUACCUGCACUGAUGAUAGUCAUUGUUUGGAUGGGGGGCUUUUAUCCAUUUCCGCAGUCACAAAAUCAAUCAUAAAAUGAAAAACAAGCUAGAGUCACAAAAAUGCAAAAAAUAGCAAGAACAAAAGCGCCAAAACAAAAGCAGAAGCGGAAAGAAAAUAGGCUUAAUUAUGAUCGGGGAGACUGAAAUUUGCUGCGCAACAGUAAAAACAGAAGCUCAGGAGCACGUUCGGCUUCCGGGACAAAGUUCGAAAACCGGAACACCUACCGUAUUUUUCGCCCUAUAGGACGCACUUUUUCCCCUCCAAAAAUGAAGGGGAAAUGUGUGUGCGUCCUAUGGGGUGAAUGCAGGCUUCGCGCAGCUCUCCGCAAGCCGCUCGGCUCCCACGGCUUGCAGAGAGUUGCCUGCAUGCUGAAGCCUGGGCGCGCUGAGCUCAGCGCGCCCAGGCUUUGAGCUUCGUGCAGCUCUCCACAAGCCAUGGGAGCCCGGCGCUGGGCUCCCACGGCUUGCGGAGAGCUGCCUGUUCUGGGGGCUGGGGUCCUUUAUUUCCCCCCCCAAAAAACUAGGUGCGUCCUAUGGGCCCAUGCGUCCUAUAGGGCAAAAAAUACGGUACUUCUGGGUUUGCAGCGUUCGAGUUCCGAGUUGUUCAGGAACUAAGCUGUCUGAAAACCUAGGUACCACUGUACAUGAAUUUAUAUCCUCCUAUCACUCACAUAUGCCAUUUCUCUAUACAGUGGUACCUCUAGAUGCGAACGUACCCAUUCCGGAGCCCUGUUCGCAUCUAGAAGCAAACGUAACCAGUGAUAGCACGUCUGCGCACAUGCAUGUCGCUUUUCACUGCUUCUGCACAUGCACGUGAUGUCAUUUUGAGCGUCUGUUAAAGCAGCGAAACCCAGAAGUAACGCGCUCUGUUACUUCCGGGUUGCCGCAGAGUGCAACUCGAAUACGCUCAUCCCGAAGCGCAUUCAACCCGAGGUAUGACUGUACAGAACUUUUAAAAUGCCCCUGCCACAGGGGAUGUGGUGGCAGUAACAGUGGCAGCCUGCAUGGCCUUGUGGACGCAACGGUAGGUGAUGGCAGUAGCAGCAUCCUGCAAGGUCUUGCAGUGGCAAUGAAAGCUGGUGGCAAUAGUAGUGGCAGCCCGUGAGGCCUUGUGGCGACACAAGCAUUGGGGUUUGCAAGGCCUCACUGUGGUGGCAAGAAGUGGCAGUGGCCUGCAGGUCAUCCUGGCGGCAGUGGCAGCUGGUGGUAGAUGCUGUAGCAUCUACCUUGCAGUCCACUUCUGCUUCUGUCACUGUGUCCUGUUGUCACUUGCAGGCCGUCGCUGCUGCUGCCACCACAACAAGGCUGCUGCCACUGCCACAACUGCCCACUACCAUGGCAAGGCUUUGCAGGAUGCUGAUUAUUGUGCUACUGCUGCCAGGCUGCUUCUGCCCCCCUCCCCCACCAUUGUUGAUUCUGCCACCACCAGGGUGCUGCCGCUUCUGCCACCUAAGAGGCUUGCUGGCAGUCCCGGAAUAUUUGUAUUCGCUAUGACUCGUCACCGUACUUUGGAUUGUCCUGAAUACCACAAUAUGGUAGAACCAUAAGUCUAAUUUGGAUGCAUUCUGGCUUGCUGAAACUGACCAUGAGGUGAUUGGUAAUAUCAUCAUUUAUCAGUUUUAGACCCUUAAGUGCUAGCAUUGUCUUGUUUGCCUCUGUGUAUUUCCUUCCUUAUUUAAGAUGUUGUGAUAUAUCAAUAUAUCACUAUAUUUAGCUGGUGAUAUAUCACAAUAUUGAAAACCUGUUAUCUCCCAGCCCUACUGCCUAUCUGCAACCCUUCUUUCAAAACUUAAUUUCAGCAGGUAGCGUGGUAAGGGGAGGCAACCAUGCGGAUUCCAGGGAAGGCUUCUUCUUCAGGUGCAUAUAUGUGCUUUAGAAAAUGACUUUGGGCUGAUAACUGGGUGAAGUGUUAGUAGAUGAAAACAUAUUUCCUAAAUGGUAAUGGUUGGUUAUGGAAAGAGCUUUGAAAGUAGAGCUUUUUAAAGUUUCAACUUCCUGAAUAUUGGCUGUACUAAUUUCUUUUCCAGUGAUGCAAGCUCUGUUGAAAGCAUAAUGUAGACUUGGGAGUAAGACUGCAUCUUGCUGCCCUUCACUCAGGACUCAACUUAAAAAACAAAAACAGAUUAGCAAAAUUUGCUGGUGUUUAUGGGUUACAGGGAGAGCUAUAUUGAGAGCUAUAAAAAACAAAAAACAAAAACAGAUUAGCAAAAUUUUCUGGUGCUUAUGGGUUACAGGGAAAGCUAUACUGAAGUUCUAGUUUGAGGAUCCUCCUAUUAUAUUGGUCUCUGUAGGCCAAUAUAAUAGACUGUUGUAUCUCCUUCAAUGCUUUUCAGAAAAUUCUUCUCCAUUUCUUGCUUUGAUAUGUGUGAUUGCAGAAAGGAACACUGGAAGAACACUAAGAAGUAAACAACUCUGUUUUUCUUCUACAUGCCUCCAUAGGGAAUUCUGAAUAGAUGGUACCUUUGAAAAGCUUAUAACUUAGCAGGUAGCUACAAGUUCCUUUCCCAGGGGAUGGGAGAGGACUUGGAGAGCUGGUAUCAAGCUAAUUCUUGGCCCCUUUGCAGUUUGUCCCACCACCAGCCAGGGAAUACUUCCUUCACAGACUGAAGUUGGAUUCUCUCUUUCUUUUUGACACUUCCUGCCAUUCUCAGUUUCUUAUUAAGAUGUGAAACCAUGAACCGCCUGCCAUACCUGGUAUUUCUGCUCCCCCUCCCACCAUAUAUAUGACCAUUAACUCCUGGCUGUUUUACAUUUCUCCAGGACUCUGGUGGUGCUUCCUCCAUACUAAACCUUUGUGGUAAGCAGCCUCCCUUGUCUCUUGUUUAAAAUAUCAUUCACUUAUACUGAAAGAAGUGGUCAUUGUUUAUACAUAAGAUCUGAUAAAAUAUUUUAAUUGUCUCUCAAUCAGUCUCAGUUUUCUUAAGAUAUUUGAAUUUCAUAACUUGAGAAAUCAAAUUUCAACGUUUUUUAUUUAAUUCAUCCUUUCAUUAAACUUUGUAUGUGUGUCCCUCAGGAAUAAGUAUUAUACAAAAUUAUUUCCUAAGGGCAAAAUUAGAAUGAUCAAGUGCUAGUGUAGUAAUCAGUACAGAAAAUAUCAAAUUCUGCCAUUUAGAAUCCAUCAUAUAAGUAUGUACAGUGAUGGGGAGCAAAAAGUCAGCUAUUGAGUUCUUGGUAGUUUUCCACUCCAAUGUUGAAGAAUUGUGAAGUUAGAGAUGGUAUGACCUUCUUCAGCAGUAUUUGAGCACAAGUGCAGGGGAUAUUCAGCAUGAACACAUGAUUAUAAUUCACUAUUGUGUUUAUCAGUCUCUGUUUUCUGGCAUUUAAAAAAGUGAUCGUUGUUUUUGACCACUUCCCCUCCUUAAGAAGAUUGUUCUUCAUAAGCACAUCAAAAUUUCAUUUUCAACAUGAGUAGAACUGGAAGAACUCUUUUGACUCCGUUCAUGGGUAAACUUUAAGUCUUCAUAUUGAUGGAAAUAAGUAGUCAGCAGAGGUGGAACAACUUGAGGGCAUCCACUUUCAAUUCUGCGUGUCUUGAAUUGCACAUCAUUUCCAGUGAGAUUGUUUCUUUGUGUAAACUAAUAAUACACCUAGAAUUUUCUGCAAUGAUGUGGGGGACUGUGUGACUAAAUGUUAACAUUAAUGCAAUAUCCUUGCCUGUCCUGUGUAGCACACUAAAAAAAUAUAUCAGCCAGCCAUGCAUGUAGAGCUAGAGUCUGGGGGCUUAUGUAGUUACUUUUACUCAAGUGUCAGUGCCAUAGUACACAUAAAUGUGUAUCACAUUGGAUAUGAAUGAACACAUGUAUAAACUGUUUCCUUUUCGAAUGAAAGCAAGCAGGAGCCAGAUCUUUUUUUAGGGCUGUGGAUGGACACCCUGUUACAAUUUGCAGCUCCAAUUUGUGAAUCUAGGUUGGGCACAAUCUGGUUUUAACCAUUCUAGGACCAUUGUGAAUCUGAAAUUUGCAAAUUGCCAGAAAUCUCAUUGACCUGUAUAGUGAAAGGAAAAUAACCAUACCUUUCUUGUUUUUGACACAGGGGCAUGAAAUUUGGGGACAUGGUAGCUCUUAUAGAGGGGAUUAACCCUGCCAAAUUUUGGAUCAAUAGCGCUAUGAUUUUAUCAGAGCCACCUUUAAAUUUAGCUUUAUCCUAAAAAGAUUUUUUAAAAGAAUGGACUACGAGUGCUCAGUCACACCAUUUCCCAUGGAUGUAUAUUUGCCCCAUUCCAGAAUGCUGAGGUUUUUGUUUUAAAAUAGGUUUGAGAUAUGAGGCACCGGUGUAAGGAUCUGACUAUUAUAAGCAAGCAGCAGCAUAGAGAUAAAAAUAUACAUAGGGACAUGGAAUUUGAAGAUAUCAUAGCUCCUAUAGAAAUGAUUAACAUGUUCAAUUGGAGGUGGGUAGUUCCAGGGAUCUUCAUGUUUGCCAUCUUUACAGUUUACUACCCCUCCUUUUUCUUAAAAAAGAUCCUGCCAUAUUGAGGGCAGAUUGCAAGCAGUAGCCAUGAGUGAAGGGAAAAUCAAAAUACUAUUUAAUAAUAAUCACUGUGGGUAGCAACUGCAAGAGCAGUAGUAAUUCUGAAGUCAGAAUUCUGGCUAACAUGCACAUUAAUUUUGGCUGACUGGUUAAUAAUACAAAAGUUUUGUGUAAACCCACUAGGUUACACCUCCCAAGCUGCUUAGCAAUUGCAGCUGCUCCCCUACCUCUUACUCCUCUCCUCACUCUAGCAUUCUCCUUGUAUGGUGUUGGAGAGACACUGUCUGGUUUUCUGAGAUAUUCCUUUGAGCUAUAAAUCUGUACAAAUCUGUAUGAACCUAUUUGGGGAAAAACUGGAUCCACUCUGUAAUUUUAUCUGCUUUUACCCAAUCCAAACAGGAUAUAAAUCUGCUUGGACAGGCCUGAUUUGGUUCAGAAUUUAGACAAAUCUGGUUCACAGGCCUAAUCUUUUUACAGUUGAUGUUUAUCAGUAUUUUAGAGAGGAAAGUAGUGGUGUAUGUACAUAUGUGCACUCUUUGUAUCUAUUCUGUGAUUUUAUUUUAAUUUUUUGCACCACAGGAAUAUGUGCUCUGCCUAACUUGGUUGGAAGGAUAGGCACAACUAGUUUAGUUUUGGAUGUAAUUGCAAACUAUGGGUUACUUCAAACUAGGACAUGUUCAGAGCAUGUGAGGGGAGGAAGGAGUGGAAGGAUGAAAUAAAUGUGUAGAGACUGGAGUGUUUGAGCAUGAAAUACUGAUCCAUGAUUUAGUUUUAAAUGGUAACUGAUGCAAACUGAAGAAAUCUUUUUAAAAUGUAUGCAACUAAUGGAGGGUGACCAGAAUUUUUGACUUCUGCUUAGUGCAUGAAAAUAGUACAAUCUGACUCUGAAUAUUGAAAGUACAGAUUUUUAUGUUAUUUCAAAAUGGCAACAUUUUAUUUCACAAUGGCAACUGCAAGGAGUUGCAGGCAGGAAAACUAGACCAUUGCUGUUUGAUACUGCUUUUAAUACUGACUAUUAGAAGGAAAAAAGAAUGUGCCAGUUUGGGUGGGAUCAUCACUUGUUGAUUGCAAAUUCAGUGUGCUCCUUGUUGGAGCCUUGUUAUUUUCCUGAUUAUGCUAGGUGAUGCUGCUAGGUUGGAGAGGGCCAUAUAUGUCUGGCUGAGCAAAGUGAGGACUUUGGUUAAACUUGCCCUUUUGACAUUCUUAUAUGACAUUCUAUUUAUUUUGUAAUUUGAUAACUCCCUUGGAGAAUGAGAUCUUGUAUGACAUUUAGUAUACAAGUUGAAGAUGCUUCAUGUCCAGUUAAGGUUUCAAACUGAUUUUAACUCUUGAGAAAAAAGUGUAAACUGCUUUUAAAGAUGAAUUUUAAUGCAGUGCAUUUCAUUUUGCACUCAGUGCCAUCAUCUUGUUAUAACCAGAAGCUUUUGUUUGUUUCAUUUUGCCUUAUCAGCAGCUAGGUUUUUGUUUUUUUAAAAAGCUUGAUGGUGUAAUUCAGCAUAUGCACAGUUUAUAUGAACUGUAAUAGCACAUGCAGUGCUGUGCUGCUUUCUGGCUGCUGAUUUGAGCUCAUUUUGUAGUUUGCUAUUUUCUUAAAAGAAAUCUGAAGUGCCUUUCAGUAACAAUGCUAAGUUAAUAACUAUAGCAUCCAUUAGAACCCUUUUCAGGAGGUUUUUCCCCUCAAGCAAUUUACUAAACACUAGUUUUAAGUAGAGCAUAAACUUGAUCAAGUAAACAUAUCCUUUGUUGGCACUGCCUUCUGAAACUCAAACUCUUAACAGAUUAGUUAAAGAUAUAUAAAACUUAUGGGAUAGGUUGCAUUUACCAGCCAAUUUCUGUUUGUAGAAAUUGCUCUGGAUUAUGUUUUGUCACAACUUCUUUAUACGAUAGUGAACAAGGAUGCAUGCAUUGGAUUAAAGAAGCAGCCUGCUUUUGCUCUAAACAUAUAGCUGGUUUGGAUUGUUUAUUUUCCCCGGAGGGAUUUGCUCUUUGAAAGGCUGCACACACUUUGGCUUUGCAAAACAAAGUGUGCAUGAGCUUGCUGGUGGUGGGGAUGUGAUACUGAGUUUAUACAACAGCCUCUAUGUGGGCCAAAAUGGAUGAGAGAUUCCUUAAUGUUUCUAUUUUUAGCUAAGAGUAGGUGUUGCAUCCCACACCCCCAUUAGAUUAUGGCUGCAAUAUUGUGAAAGGUGGAGUUAACGAUUUCCUUAAUCUAAAUCUCUCCCAGAGAUUGCUAUUUACCCCAUAGCAAGCCUACAGGGACUUGUGUUUCCUGUGCCUUAAUCAGUUUUGCCUCUGUUUUGCAAAGGGAAUUAUAAACUGACCCUCUAAAAGAGAACAUUAUGUUGAGAGCAAAGUAACUGUUCCUGAUAACAGUUAAGUGUGUCAAAUCCAGUGGAACCUCGUGUUAUGGGCGGGAUCUGUUCUGGAGGCCUGACUGUAACACGGAAGCGACGCAAGCCGAAGUGCUGCGUCUGUGCAUGCGUGUGGCGCGAUUUAGAGCUUCUGCGCAUGUGUGAGCGGCAAAACCUGGAAGUAACCCAUUCUGGUACUUCCAGGUUGCCGCAGGACGCAACACGAAAACAUGUAACCUGAAGUGGACGCAACAUGAGGUAUGACUAUCUGAAAUGAUUAUACUAAUAUGAAGCAUUAUCAUAAACAUAAUACAAUACUACAAACAGGGUGAAAUUUCAAACUGAAUACCUGCAGAAUCAUCCAAUCAUACAAGUGAGGGGAAAGUACUUGCAUGUGAGAAUGCAAAACAACAACAACAACAAAACACCUGGAGAGAGAGAGGACAUAACUAGGAUGGUUGUUUUGCUUGUUAGAUAAAUUGAGGGCCAUUCUUAAAAUUAUAUUGAGUAUAGUUGCACUGGCUGCCUGGUGGAAAUCUAAGGCUGGAGAUAUUGUAUAUAAAAAGGCUUUUGGGUGUUGAACUGCUGGAAUGCAUUGUUGUUAUUGUUUAUUAGAUUUGUUAGUCACUUGGUUCCCAGAGGUAACCUUUACAAUUUAGAUUUGCACAUUGUCCUUAUAUUCAGCAGAAGAGAGAAUGUUCCAACUGUGGACAGCAGCUGCUCUAAGGGCUUAACUCUGCAGUGUGCCAGUCAGGCUUCACAUAUGUUGUUUCAACACUCUUGGACUCCGCCACUAUGUGAGUGUCCUUGCAUUAAGAUCCUUCUAUUCCAGGGUCCUUUGAGCAUUAGAGUAGAAAGCUUGGCAGUCUUGUUGGGAACUGCAACAUAGACUUUGAAUCAAUACAGAGUUCCUUUAAGUAAUGGUGGUUACCACUUGCCUUGACUGAGUUUCUAUUUUGGUGCAUAUUGUCCCUGGGAAAGCUGCUACCAUCCUUCACUUGUUGACUAAUUUGUACAGAAUUGUCAAAGGUUAAGUAGAAGAAAACAAGAAAAACACUAUUAGAUCAGCCCAAAGGCCCAUCCAGUCCAACAUUUAGUCCCCACAGCAGCCAACCAGAUGCCACUGGGAAGCUCACAAGAGCACAUUAACCCAGCAAGUAGUAUAUCCCCAUAACAACUGGUAAUCAGUGUUAUACUGAUGCUGAUAUUGAAGAAAAUAUAUAUGCUAUCAUGACUCAUAGUGUAGCACCCUGCUUGUGGUUAACGCUUAGCUGGAAUGAAAUAUUCAACACAGCAAUAGAGAAAUUAAAAUAAUAAUUUAUUUGUCAGACAAAUAAAUGAGAGGCACAGUGGUAUAUGGUUACCAAAGCUCUGCCCACUCCAGCCCUGGUGGCCAGCACUUAUAUUUCCUCAGCCCAGCCCCCUUGCUCCUCCUUUGGCUGCCUCUGUCCAAUCAGCCUGGUUGAAAUUCCUAUUGGCUGUUUGCUAGAACCAAUCAUAAAAGAUACACCCAUUUCCUAUUACAUUUAUGGGAGACAAAGAGCUAUAUUUCCUUCUAUCCAUAAAUGGCAGACAAGUAGCCAUAUAUCUUAUAUUUGCCUCGACCAGGCACCUUAAUUACCAGAUCAUCUUUGCCCUAUUGCCCUAUUGCCCUAUUACCCCUUCACUCCAAAACAGAUGGCUAAAACAGAUGGCUCAUGGUUUUAAUUUUUAUCUUAAACAGAGAUCUUGGGUUCACCUUCUCACACACCAUCAAUGGAAUAAGAAUCUAACAUAAGAAUCUAACAUUUCUUACUUUCUAAAUCCUUUGCAUAAUUACAUUGAAGCCAAUAUAUUUCAUACAUAACAUAGAUUUUUAGAAGAAAAGGAACUUAGUAAAAACAGUUUCAAAAAGAAGCCUCUUCAAUUUACAACUCCCUUUCCCCAGCCAGCUGCUUCUCCUAUUAGCUCUUGCCCUUUAACCUUAUGAAAAUAUGGCUCGAGUCUGAUGGGAGGCACCUGGUAUUAUUUUCUGUUAAACAAUAAAUUUUACUAUUUACCAACUCUUAAUUAGUGUUUUGGCAGCUUGAUUGUAUUCUGUAAUAUGUAUGGUCAGUAUGACCUUUGCUCCCAGCCUGUAAUUCCCUUUUACAACUUUGAGGUACUGCUAUAAAUCAGGGGGGCCCUGUUCAAGGAGAUAAACAACUGCCAAAGUACUUAGCCAGCUGCUUUAUGCCUGGCAUGAAACAUACAAACAUUUGCAAAUAUAUUUUUUAAGCUCAUUUUAAAAUACAGGCCUUGAUCAUAAAAUACAGGCCUUGAUCAGAUGUCUCAAUAGCCACUGAUAGCAUUGAUUAUUAAAAUUCUAUUUUUCCAUAAGAAAAUUAAUUUGUUUUCUUUUCAUUAGGAUUUUCCAAUGCUAUUUGAAUAUUGGGCAAGAACUACAAAAGAAGAAGAAAAAGUUGUAUUAUAGGUUUGAUAUGUUGUGCUUACGUUGAAGUCUGUCUUUAAUUUAAUAGAGCUUAUAUGUAUGUUCAUAUAUCACAUUUUCCUAUGGAUAUGCACACUAAAUUCUAUACAGUAGAAUACUGAAGCUAGAAGUGUUUGCUGAAUAUUUCACACACAGUAGUGUUGGCCUGGACAUUUUUUAAAUACCUGAUAUUGUAGACUUGAUUCAGAGCUAUUCUGAGCCAGCGCUGCAGCUUGGGUGAUGGAAAACUGGUCACGGUGUGCCCACAUAAUGGCCCAAGUUGCAAAUCAUGGUACCAUCAGUAUUAGUUAGUCACUUUUCUUAAAAAGUAAUCCAAAGCGACUUAAAACCAUUUGAGAACAAAAGUAAAAUACAACAAUACAAAUUAAUAGGCUAAAAAUACAGCUAAAUUAAAGGCAGGGCAAAAAGUCCAGCCCCACUAAAAGAGGCCACAAUACCACUUUCAUAAGGGCCAGAAGCCCAGGUGAAGAGAAAGUUAUUUGCUUGGUGCCUAAAACUUGAUAGAGAUAUCACCAGAUGGCACCUGGGUAGAACAUUCCACAUUAAACAAUAACUUAAGACAAUUUGGUACACAUUGUUUUGACGUUCCUGUGGCACUCCUAUUUUAUUCCUCCUGCUGCUGUGCUGCAAAUGAAUCAGGCCAGAGUCUGACUUGUCAUGUUUAAAUCUGAGUUCAUGGCUUGUUUCUCCCAAACAAAUUAUGAGUGGUAAGCCAAGAACAAACUAGGGAGUAAGUUCUAGACUUUAUUGACAAAUUGAAAAUGACAAAUCACCAAGUCCAGAUGGUACGCAUCUUACAAUUCUUAAAGAAAUCUAAUGUGAAAUUGCUGAUCUUCUAACAAAAAUGCAUAACAUGCCACUGAGUACGGUCUCUUUCCCAGAGAACUGCAGCUAAUAAGCCACCAUUUUUUUAAAGGUCCCAGAUCCCCAUGUUGGGCAAAAAGAUUAUUGCAGUGCAGGGGUUUGGACUUUAUGACCCUUGUGGUCCCUUCCUACUGUACAAUUCUUUCUCUCCUCCCCCCUUUAAAAUCCAAUUAUGUGAGUGUCUAUUCCUGGUAACUUGGUGGGACACAUUAUAAAAAGAUAAAAUUGUUGAGUAUAUAGAAGAACAAGUCUUGCUGGAAAAGAAUUAACAGGGCAAAGUUAAAUUCUGUCUCACUAAGCUUGUGUUUUUGAGUGUGUGAAUAAGCACAUGUAUAGGUAUAAUCUGGUAUUUAUCUGGAGUUUCAAAAAAGUUAUUACAACUUUUCAGCAAAGGUUGCUGAGCAAACUUAGCAGUCAUGGAAUAAGAUGAGACUUCCUUUUAUGAUGAGUUGGUAAAGAACAAGAAGGUGCAAGGAGGAAUAAACAGACAGUUUUUUUAAUGGAGAAAUGUAACCUGUGUCAGAAACUCAGAUAUAUAAACUAGGCAUCAAAUGGCUCCUUAAACCUAGGUUACGGUCGCCACAACAGAAUGUCUACUUGCCAGGGAUUUGGGCUAAAUGAUCCUCAGGAUUCCUUCCAAUGUUACAAUCCUAUGAUUCUGUUAGCUCAUCUACAUUACUUGACUGUACUGUACUGUAUCUUGCUCUAACAGCAGUUCAUUUGUACCAGUAUUCAAGAAGGAGAAGCACACAAAGUAGAAAUGGAAAUGAUAUUAAUUAUGGACUAAGGCAGAGGUUUUUUAACUGUGCUUUGUGAGUUCCAUUUGGGUGGCGUGUGGAAAGGCUGCAGCACAGACAACUAUAUGUAUACUCAUCCCUGUGCUUAGUUUCCUUGAUGUGAUGAUGGAGGAUUGCAUGCCAGUCAGCUGACUUGAUGGAGAAGUCAGUAACCAAUCUGGCACCCAGAAAUCGUAUAGUCGCAAUUGGACCCACACCAAUGAGCAAAAUGUGCUUGGCGCAUGGGGAAUUUUGAACACUGCAUAACGUGGGAUCUCCCUAGGAGGACUUGUUUAAGAGCCAAUGCUUUUUAACUGGCAUAAAUGGCCUAGAGUAAGGGGUAAGCAAUGAGGUGGCCAGAUUUGCUGAUGUCAGAGUGAUUUUGAGUGGUUAAAACAAAAAAUGUUAGUGAAUAACUCUGAAACAAUCUCUCUAAACUGGAUGACGGGACAUAAGAAUAAAGAUGCUAAAUCAAAUUAUUCCCUAGGACAUUUUAUUGGACAUUAGUUAAAUUUCUGAUGCAAACUUAAAUUGUCCAAAGCAGGUUACUCUUAUUUGCAUAGAAGAUGGACAUGAAAUAAAUGCUUAAGUAACUUUUUUUGAAAAUGUAUACCUUAACCCAUGAAAUAUUAAAUUUCCACCAAAUCUUUUUUUUAAAUUAAUAUUUAUUAAAGUUUCAGAAAGAAUAAAAUCACAUUAAUAAACACAAAAAUUUUAACAGAAACAGAGAAAAAUACCCCAUACAAAAUACAAAAUACUGAAUAGAAAAAAGAAAAAACAGAAAAAAACAGUUAAAAAUAGUUCCGUCCUUUCAUAACCUCUUUUAAAUUUACUUGUUUCCCGGACUUCCUCAUACCUCCCUCUUUUGUAUUCCAAUUCAGUUUGUAAACCCAGCAAUUUCUUACCUUCCUUUUUAAUUCCAAUUCUAAAUCUUGAUAUAUUAUGCCAUUAGAUUUUUACCUAUUUGAACCUAUUUUUCCAUUUCUCUUAGUCUUUUUGGUCCUAAUCCUUAAUCUUAAUACAUUUAUAACUUUAAAAUCUGUUCAGCUAGAAGCCACUUAACUUCAAUCCAACAUCACUCUAACAUUCAUUGAUUUUGCAGUAUUUCUGUAAAUAGUCUUUGAAUUUCUUCCAAUCUUCUUCCACCGACUCUUCUCCCUGGUCACGGAUUCUACCAGUCAUUUCCGCCAGUUCCAUAUAGUCCAUUAAAUUUCCACCAAAUCUGUUCCUAUUCAAUAUAUGAGUUGCACAACAAUUAGUUGUUGCUGUUCACAGAAUUGACUCAAAUUUUCACAUUAUUAAGUUGUUAAAUUCACAGCUGGAUCAAAGAGAAGUAGUCCCUGCCCCACAUAUAAUGUCAGUUUCCUAUUUUCAGAAAGAAUUAAUUUCAGCAGAAUUAAUUAUAACCUUGUGAUUAUUACCUAUACGGCAUGCUUAUUAAAACUAAUGACUGACCAGGCUUUCUGUAUUUAUGAAGUUUAGAAUAUUGCUCACAUGGUCAUCUAAAAUUCUUGCAGAGUAGAUAUUAUUUGUACUAGGCUAUGCUUGGCUGUACCCUUUUUCUUGUUAUUUCUAUCUCCUGCCCUGUAUACCUGAAGGAGCACCUCCACCCCCAUUGUUUAGCCCAGACACUGAGGUCCAGCACCGAGGGGCUUCUGGUGGUUCCCCCACUGCGAGAAAUGAGGUUAUAGGGAACCAGACAGAAGGCCUUCUCAGUAGUGGAAAUAUGAUGAAAUGAUUUUCUUGGGCUUUUUUGUAAUUACUUUCAUGGCGUCUUGAACUGCAAUUGUCCAUGUCUUGGAUUUCAACAGUACUAAAUGUUGGUCUGGAAAGUUUGCCUAGUUCAGAGAGAACAAGAAACCUUUAGCAGGCCAUUGUUCUGUUCUUUGCAUGGCUUGAAUUGUUCGGUGCUGGCUAUUAAGUAAACAUCAUGGACAUAAGUUUUAAGUGAAUGGUUAAAAUGCCGCAUUUUCAUACUCUUUUUGCCCCCGCCCCCUGUAGUAGAAGCAUGUGGGAUUAUAGAUGAGACCUGCAGGUAUAGGGUGGUAUAUAAAUUUAAUAAAUAACUUAACAAAAACAAAAACAAUAACAAUAAUAGGAAAGCAAAUGAAAUGGAUCAUUUUUGAGUAUUUCUGUCAGUACCUUGGAUAUUGGAAUCAGUUACUUUCUUAACAGUUCUAUAGAUGAACAUAGACAAAUAGAAUCCUUGAUCGUGAGGCGCUGUGGAGAGGGGUUAGCAUUUAGAAGAAUUGACAUAACCCCCUCUGAGCCCAUGGGAUAGAAUGGAAAUAUAUAAAUUAAAUAAAUAAUAAAGCCACAUGUAUAAAUGCUCUCUGAGGAAAGUAUUUGUUGCAUGUAGAAAGCCUGCAAGUUUGAGAGAAGGGUUAUAGGCUAGCUUUCUCAGUUGUAUAUGCACACAGGGAGUAGUUUCUCUCCCCCUUGCUUCCUAUAAGCAUUCAGGCAUUCAGACUAGUCCAAGUGGCAUAAUCCAAGAAAAUGCACACUGCUUGAUCUGUAUGCGUAGAUUAGCUUUUACUCCUCCUUGCAUUUAUUAACAAGAACUUUUAUUUUUUUUUCCUCCAAGGAGCUCAGAGCAGCUUGUGAGACUCGUGAGAACUAUAUAAAAUAUUAACAUAGUAAGUGCGGAAUAGAGAGAGUCUUGUUCCACAAAGAUGAACUGCAUAUCUGAGCAGGAGUUUGAACACAGGUCUAGCCUCACUUGCUUCUGGGAGAAUUCCAUUUGUGUCUGGGCGGACCUCUGUGGAAGGGAUUACAAAACAAGGGUAUAGAGGCAGAUAACACCACUCUGUUAAUUGUGCCUUGAAGGAGCAUGUCAAGGCUUUGCUUGGUUGCCUAUAGAGAUAAUGCUGAUAUGUAUGAAGAGUUGGUCUCCUAAGAGCCCAAAUUAUUUAGCUUGUAUUGUGCCUGAGAAGUAAAAGGGUGGGUAGGUUGCCAUCUCAGGAAUAGUGACUACAGAAAUUAAUAAAUUGCCAUGUAAGGAGUAGGGAGUUUGGUUACAGGCUUUGGCUGGAUGAUGAAGUAAAACACUGACAUGAAAGUGUUGAAUAAAUAAGCACGUGACAUCAUUCAGUCGCUGCAUCUUAUGCUAGGAUGGGUGGUGAUGGGGGAGGCACCCAGCUGAAUGUGUGGUAUCACAGUGUCCCCAAGUGGCCAAGCAGGAAAACUGCAAACUGAAUCUGACGUUGUAGGUUGGUUUGACAUACUGAUAUAGGUAGUAGCUAUUGUUGCUUUGUCCAGUAUGGCAUCACUUGUAUAAGGGUUUACUGUCAACUAUUUUAAUGAUUUUAUACAAGUGUGUGUAAUAUCAUUUUAAUUAUGAUUUUGUGUUUGUAGCAUGCUGCUUAAUGCUUAAUUCUUAAUGCUGGAAUGAAUACAUUUUAUGUUCUAGAUUCUUCCUUGUUUAAAUUACUUCAAAUUCGAAGUGGAAAGUUUUAUGCUUUGCUUCGAUUUUAAAGCACCAAAUAAUUUUGCAACAGGAUAUCAUGGAUACAAUAUGGAUUUUUUAUCAUAGAAUUUUGAAUUCUAAGAGAACAUUCACCAACUGUUCUCCAAAGCAACUAUAUAUUUAUGUCCUAAUAAGAGCUUGUGGUUUUAGUAAGAAAGUAGAUCUUAAAAUAAAAACACAGGAGUUUUGAAUUACUUGGUGUGAGUUCCGAGCCCCAGGUCUUACAAAAUUGCACUGUGAUGGCAACCUCGGAGGCAGCAAAUGUUUUGCUGUAGUUGCUUGACACAUGGAUUCAUUCUGGCUACAUCUUUGUUAAAAUUUUGCAAAGUUGUUACUGAAAGCAAGUAUAAUGCUUUCAUUUACUUUUAAACAUUAAUGUUGUUGUUUGUUUGUUAAAUUAAAUUUGUAUCUGCCCUUCAUCUGUCGAUCUCAGGGUAGUUCACAGCAUAAAAAUGCAAGAUAAUAACAGUAGUGGUGUGCUUUCAGAACUAAAGAAAGAUUGUAAUUCUGAAAUGCUAUGUUUUUAGUCGAUUAACAUUUUAUUGUAUCAAGAAAAAAUGAUUUCUCCUUUUUAGUGUGAUCUGUUGCUUACGUCUGUUUUCUGGGGUUAUAGCCAGCUUAGUGACCUAAGUACGUCUUGCUAAGUAUUAACCACCUUCCUUUAUCUGUUUAGACUUCCAUUCCAAAAAUGGUAAGUAGAAGGAAAAAAGCUGCUACUAUUCCAUGACUGCCUGUGUAAGGGGCUAGUGAAAGCUCACACAGUGCCAAAAAGCACUGGGAGUUAAACUACAGGAGGUGAAAUAUAAGGUAGACAAAGAAGUGGGAAGUUACUACAUACUUAACACAUCGAGACUCUGAUUUAAUACUGUGUAUGCGUGUAUGACUAGUGUGAGGCUGUGAAAUACAUAGUGCAGAUUGUCUAUUUUAAGAUUCUGGCUGAUGUAGUGGGCCUUUCAACUGAGGAUGUAAUGGAACAUGGAGGCCAUUAUUGUCCUGCAUGUGAAUUAUAUGGAUAGUGCUGCAGAAAAACAAUGAAGGAUAGUCAAUCAGAAUUACAACACAGACUACUGCUGUAAUGCCAUAGUGCUAGGCAUUUGAAUGCAGGACUUUUAACAGAGAACUCCUGCAAAUGAUUGUGCAUACUGGUUCAAAGUUGCAUGAUAACUGGGUCUAGAGGGUCCUUCUUUUUCAGGCCCUGGUUAUUGAUUACCCUUGGUUCUGGUUUUUGCAGGGGGUGUGGGUAGUUAAUUAUACUAGUUGUUAUGCUUCUGUGAAUCACAGCUCUUGUGGAAGUGGAAGAAAAUCUUUGGAAUGGAUGCCACCUUUAUCUUGCUCUCUACCCUGAUUUUUACAAGGGCUCUUCUGCAGUAAGAUGAUGUUAUUGACUUGGUUUAUUAUCAAAAUAAACUAUGGUUUAAUGUGAAUGAGGACAAACUGUUUCUUCUGUUUAUGAAUGGUUUGGAGUGAAGCAAGCCACUAGCCUCAGUUCAAAUGCCUCAAAAAGCCAAUGCAUGGCUUCUUUUGUUAGCAGCAUGGCAGAAGCAAGGCAUCAAGACCAGUAUAAGAGAACUAAAACUUCUGAAGUUGCUAGUAAGUUUGCUCAAAGAGAAGAAAAUACAUUGUGUUAUAAGUAGUAUCCAUUCCACUUACAAGUGUAUUGUCUUGCAAGAAAGAAUAAAUCCAAAUCUGCUGCAUAAGGUCUCUUACGAUUUAGUUGCAGUUUUCUAAAGUUCAAAACAGCACUGUGUAAACAAAUGUGCUACUUUUUAGUGUUUUUUGUCAUUUCUAUACAUGCAGUUGCUGAGAGACUAUUCCUUUGCAAGUUGCUGAAACAUUAUAAUGCUAUUAACUGACUUGAAAUUCAACACCAACUCAUUUAAGCUUUACCUCAAUAUAUGUUACUAGCUUUAAAUCACAAAAUGUAACUUCAUUUUGUUUCUUUCCCCACAGACUAUAAAAACAGAACAUCUGUGACAUUAGAACUUGGAUUGUGCAUCUUCAGUGAUAAUUGUUUUAAAGUUUUACUGUUGGAGAAAUGCUGUGAGAAGCACAAUGUGGUGAAUCAAAGACACAGAAACCUUGCAAUCUUUGUACUGAUUGAGGAGUUACAAUGUUUGCUUUGUGAACAAAAACUAUUUGGUAGUGGAUAGAACUUCUGAAAAUGCGGCCAUGGACUGGCUCCUGGCGUUGGAUUAUGCUCAUCCUUUUUGCUUGGGGGACCUUGCUGUUUUACAUAGGUGGACACUUAGUACGAGACAAUGAACACCCAGACCAUUCUAGUCGUGAACUAUCAAAGAUAUUAGCAAAACUUGAACGAUUAAAACAGCAAAAUGAAGACUUACGACGAAUGGCAGAGUCUCUCAGGUAAGUUGAUAAAAACUUUCUCAGUGUUGGUAUACUGUACUGAAGUUGCAUUUUCUUUGUGUUAAUGUAAAGGACAAAAUACUUUUUUGUCCUGGCAUGUGUCUUUUCUGAGGUCGAAGGAGACAUCAGGGUGCUAUGUUUGUGUGGUGGUAUAGUAGUUGGCUGUUUGUACUAUAUUUGUGGAAGCUGAUGGUGAAAGUUUGGGGAUAGUGCAAAUUUAAUGUUCCUUUUAAGAUCCAGUAAUCUCAGGUAAAAACAGUAACCCAUAAUUCUAACUUUCUCCAGCGCUUAGGGCCAGGCCCAUGGAGAGGAGGGGCACAGCUGGGUACACUUGCACUGGGCCUCGGAGGGCUAAGCACUGGCUACUUUUUUGCUUGAGUUUAUAACUUUAUUCUAACAAGACUCCUGCCCUGGGCUUCAGAUAAGCUCUGAAUAGGCAUCCUUGGGGCUUUAUCUCCCUCUAAUCAACAAUUUAUGAUAGACAGUCUGUAUUCCCCAGCAUACUUGCUUACCUUCCUUUUACUUGAAGAAAUAGUUCUGUUAGAUUAUCUUCCAGUUAUCAUGGCUUGGAGACUCAGUACAGGUUUUUGCCCCCACCCCAGCUUAACAUUUGAAUCAUCCUCAGCGAAACUGAUUUUUCAGUACCAAGGCCCUUUCCUUAAGCCAGUACAGGAGGGUAAGAGACUGGGAUAUAAGAGGCACCUGGUUUUAUUCCCCAUACCUGCUAGAUACAAAUGUUGGACUCUUUAGAAGUGGGAAAUGCCAUGUUUGGUAGUCAUUGUCUCAUGGUCAUGUACUUGGCUAACUUAUGGAACAGAAAGGGGAGUAAUAAAUAACUUUUUUACUCUGCCUACUUAGCCCAUCAGGACCUGUAAAAGAACCUGAACAUGUUAAUAAAUGGAAUUGAAAUAUAUAUAGUUGAGGUAGCCCAACAUGCAAUGAACAAUUAUUUUUUCAUGUUGGUAAAAUAGUAAGCAGGUUGUGAAGAACUUCAAAUGUCCACUCCAAAAUGGAUAUCCAUAGAAAUGGGAUCUAUUGUAAGGAUUUGUAAAUGUGUAGACACUUGGGUUUUAUAAGUAAAAAGGGAAUGGUAGGUUUUCUGAGGGUCCCCGAAGACAUUUAGUAUCUUGGCAAGAAAAACAACCCUGCAGCAUAAAGUGUUGCAUGAUUGGUUUUCUCAAAUGAGGAUGAUUCCUGUCAGUUGAAGGUUACACGCAGAUGAUAGUAUUCUGCUGGGGGCUGAAUUGUGUUGCAACAGAAGACUGAACAGUCUGACACUUCUCUUGCUUUCUAGUUAAAUAUUAGAUUUUUAGCUCAGUUUUGAUGGUAGGGCUCAUCUUCAGCUGAACCCAGCUGUGGACUGAGUUUCAGAGUGUAUCUGUGGAAAGGAGAAUUUUUUCCCUAGAAUUUUCAGUGAGUGGUGGCUUGCUUUAGAUUUAAAAAAGAAAGUGUUGGGGAGAGGGGACUGCAUUUUUUAAAGCAUCAUAGCUGUCCUCGGGACCCUGCUGUGCAGGAGUUGGAUUGGAUCACCUUUAAAAUGAAAUGACUAGGAGUUGCAGCAGGAGUCUCCCAAGUGGCUAUGAUGCUACUAUAUGCUGCUUUCCUCUGCCCCUCACCCAGGCAUCUUAGAGAUUAGAGCACCUCAGUGGUCAAAACUACUCAACUCUUGCAUUUAGCUAUCCAGGCACUGCCACUGACUACUUCUUCAGUUCAGCCACAGACUCAGCUGGCAAUAUUCAGCAUUUAGUUUCCAUGAGACCAUUUUUUCUUGUCAUAUAUGACAUACCUCACUGCCCAAAGCAGGGUUUGCAACAGGAAUUUCCCCACAAAAGAGGUGGUUUUGGGGAUGCACUACUUAAAAUAUAUUGCCACACCCCGUCAGCCCUGAUGGUAUAUUACUAGUACUAUGAGUCUGAGUAAGAGCAGGACUAGGUUUGUAGUUCAUGGUUCUUGUCCCCAAGGGCAGUGUCUUGGGGAAAAUAGCUGCAGGUGUCUUAAAUGAGCAGAGGAAUGGGGGGGAGGGGUUACUCCAUGCCAUCUUUUCCAUCCAUUAGCCUGUUCAAAGUCCUUCCCUGUUUGUCUGCAGCUGCUUUCACUGAUAAUGGAAAAGCCAUAGAGCUGUACAUGACAUGUACCUCAGCCCUAAUAUCUUACACGUGAUGGGGGACAGGAAUACAGACGUAAAGUGUGUGUGUGUUCGUAGUUUCUGUUUUCGCCCAAGAAUGCUUUUAAUUUGGGGUACCACUGAACGAAAUUUGAAAAACUUUUUGUAAUUAGUGAUUUAUUUAUUUUUAUAAAAAAAGAAAGCUAUUCUCUACUCCAUAUGUGGCACGAAUACUUUAUGUAAGACAAUGCCAUAUAGCAUUAGAGAAUGAUGGUUCCUAUGUAUAUACUUCAGACCUAAUGCACCACUCAGAUCUAAGAUUCAUUUCUGCAGAGGGUACUGCCAUCUUCAUGAGAGUGCCAAACUAGGUGUUCAUUGCUUGGGGUUAGGGCAACAUUUGAUUUAAUUUGGAACUGCUUAAAAGCAAGUAGCUCUGUACAUUUUAUAAAUAUGUAAAAUAUUAGUUUUCUAUGGUUACAAAUGAUGCUUUUAUGAAUCUAAAGCAAUAAUGUUGUUUGGCUUUGAUAAGAAAGUCAAAUCUUAAAAGGCUCCCCCCCCCCCCAUAAAAAGUGAAAAGUGAUAUAUUUUCAUAGCUUUAAAAUUUAUGGAAAUCUUGUAUCUCUAUGCAGAGAAGGAAUAAAGUUUUUCUUCAAGUGCUUACAAAAGAGACAAGUUAAUUUAACAUUUCUGUACUAGCUGCUACCCAGUGAUAUUUUUCCACAUGAAGAAACACUCUUUAAUUCAAGAGUAGUUUUCUGCAUAACACACGUAAUCUGUACAAGAUUUUAGAAAAUCAGGAUAAUUAUAGAGAAAGUUCUGCAUGCAAAUGUUUCAUGCCACUAAUUUGGCAUAUAGCUUUUACAUGACUAGCUUGCACAAGCAGUAGUUUUUCCUCUGCCAUUUAGCUUUCUGCAUUGUGCCCAUUAUAUGUUAAAUCUAGUGUUACAUUUAGAUAUUUUUACAAUAUGAUCGAAAAUACCAUGCUUUUAAAUAUGUAUUCUCUUGAUUUUAAUGCUUGUGGCUUCAUUUUAUUGCAUUUUAUCCUGUCCUUUCUCCAAGGAGUUCAGAGCAGUAUUCUUCCCCUCCUUCAGUUUAUCUUUAAACAAUACUAUGAGCUGGUUUUCCUGAGCAUCAAGCAUAUCAACCCAAGAUGCGCUAAUACCAAAGGAACGUAGAGAUAUUGCCUAUUUAAACAAUCAAAUGCUUUGACUUUUCAGCAUCAGGAGAACAGUAGGUUCUGGAUGUGAUUGACUCCAAAAACUGUAUUGAGAACCCUUCUAUAAUAGGGAAGGCUGUGGAUCUUUGCCUUAUGAAUCCGACUUGAUCGUGGUAGACAUAGUUGGGUAAAAUUUUUGAAAGCCUACUGGCCAAUAUGCCUGUAAUAAUUAAGCAUCCACAUUAAUCAAUGAAAUAGUUUAAGGAAUAUGGCCUCUAUUCUGUAUGUCAAUAAACAAUUUCAGAAGGGAAGGCUAAUAAUCUGCUGGGACCAGAAGCAUUGUGGAGCUUCAUAUUUUUGAUCCCAUUUUGGAUUUCUGCUAGAGUAAAAGAUUGAUCUAAUGAUUCCUGGUGAGUCUGGUUAAAUCUUGGAAUUAUAUUUUUUCCCUAGGAGUUUUGUGAAGAUUUGGGAAUCCAAUGGUUCAAUGGCAUAGAGUUUUGUAUAUAUAGUUUUUAAAAUUCCUCCAAAAUUUCUUUUUGUCUAUAGGUCCCCCCCCUUUUGCCUUUUAACAGUGCAUUACUCAUUUUGCUUGCUAUAUGUACUUGUUUUCACUAGGAGGGCAGAAUUUUUGUUGUUGAAUUCCUAAUAAUAUGGCUUUCUCUUCUGAAGUGAAUAAGUACCUGUGGGAUUUCUAGAGAUCUAGGUUCUGCUCUUUUUUAAAAAAGUUUUCUGUACACUCUGGUUGCGAACGUGAUCCGUGCCCACAGUGUUUGCAGCCUGAAGCGCCGUGUCUGCGCACACGCGUGAUGCAAUUCGUCGCUUCUGCGCUUGUGCGUGAUGUCAUUUUGUGCUUCUGCGCAUGCGUGAGUGCCAAAACCUGGAAGUAACCCGCUCUGGUACUUCCGGGUUUGGUGCAGUCCACAACCUGAAAAAGUGUAACCCACAGCGUUCGUAACCCGAGGUAUGACUGUACCAUUAAACUUAAAAAAAUCAGCAAUCUCUUUAAGGCAGAAGUUUUCAACCUUUUUUGAGUCCAUGGCUCCCUUGACCAACUACAUUCUUUCUGGUGCUCCCCUGUGGGGAAAUGUGCUCUGAGCGCCAGAAGCUCAGUUAUGUCACUCCUUGCCUGCAGAGCCACCACCCUUCAACCCUUUUCAAAAACCCCUCCCUUGUGGAGUGUUCCCUUUUUUCUCUCCUUGGAAGUUCUCCAGACAGCAGCUCCGCCUCCCUCCCCAAAGAGAGGUGCCUUCUCACACUGCUCCACAGUGGCCUGGGAAGAGGAUACCCCCAGCCUUAGUGGCCCAAUGGAGAAUGGCCGAGGGUGAACCUGAGGCCAGCAGCAGUGCUGCCAGGCCUGCAUGGCGGAAAAGCACCCUUUCAGUGCUGGGGACUCAGCUCCCAGGCAGGCUUUUCACACAGCAAGCACAAGAAAGGCCAGUGUGGCAUCUGCUGGCCUGCCCGCCCGCCCGGCCUCUCACUUGUGUCCAUCCAUUCCCAACAGCAAGGGCUGGUGGACUGGCUGGCUGGGCUCCCUCACCCACAUGUAUGCUUACUCUGAGGCUGCCUCAGUUCCUGGCAACCAGCACCUCUUGGUCAGCCCCAGAGGCACCAUUCACCUGAGGAGUUUGUAGCCAGAGCUCUGCAACAAACAACCAUGCAAGCCUUUGGGAGGCAGAGACACAAGAGGGCAUCAGAGGAGGGAAGGAAGGAAAGAGGGAUGGAGGCCAGUUUUGCCUGCAGCACCCUUGACAAUUAUUCAAGGCACCCCAGGGUUCCAUGGCACACUGGUUGAAAAUCUCGGCUUUAAGAAGUGUCUCUCUAGUAAAAAAUAUAUAUAUAUCCAGGGGUCUAAUUUUCCACAGAAGGUUUUAGGUCUGUGCACUCCCCAUUGAAUUCUGGUGAUAACAGGGGUAUGGUCUGAGAUAUUAAGAAGACCAAUCUCGUGAAUUAUGAACCUGAGAGUCAAGGCCUUCUGUGAUUAAUAAAUAAUCCAAUCUGGCAUACUUUUUGUAUCUUGCUGACAUAUGUGUAUAGUUUCUUAGUUCUGGAUUGGCUAUGUGCAAAGCAUCAAAGUAAUUGUGUUUAUGUAAUAUGUAGGAUAUUUUGAAAAAGACUGUUUACAUGGGUUUUGUGAUAGGUGAGAUGUUCUGCUUUUAUCAAAAUAAUCAUUGAGUACAAGAUUUAAGUCACCAUCCAUCACCACUUCACCUCAGUGUGUAAAUGAGUGCAGCAGCAAUGUAAAAAGUUUCAUCCAGAAACUGUUCUUGUUGGGUAUUAGGCACAUAAAUAGAGCAUAAUGUCAGCCAAGAGUUAGCUAACAGACCUUUGAGGAAGAUAAAUCUUACAUUAGGGUCACUUAGUAUAUCUUUUAAUUGAAAAUCAAGUAUGGGAGAAAUCCAGAUUCCUGACUCCCUACUUUUGGAAGUACCUUGUGAGAUGUACAAUGUCCACCUCUACUUUUGAGGAAGGAUUUUGCAUCAGUAUUGUAUUUCUUUUUUAAAAACACACACGAAUAACUUGUUAAAAAAAAAAAAAGGUCUGGGGUAUCUCCCUUUAAAGCAGACCUUACCCAUAUUCUUCUUUUGGUUGGUGCACCCAGGCAAUUCCAAGUUACUGCAGUUAACUAUGGCAGUAUAAGGUUAAUUUAAAAUUGUACAACAUAUACCAGGCAACAGAUCUGCAGUCAUGGGAAAAAGAAAGUGCACCCUAUUUGAAUUCUGUGUUUCACAUAUGAAGACAUAAUAGCAAUCAUCUGUUCCUUAGCGGGUCUUAAAAUUAGGGAAAUACAACCUCAGAGGAACAACAACACAUGACAUACUACACUGUGUCAUUAUUUAUUUAACAACCAACCUUCCCAACAGAAUAAUCUCUACAUGAUUGAGAGCAGAAUAGUCCCAUCUCUUUCUUCAUGAGCCAAAUGCUCAUAAGCUGAAAUUAGGGUUGUUACUCAACUAAGUUUCACUCAGAGUAGACCCACUAAAAUUAAUAAACAUGACUAAGUUAGGCUCAUUAAUUUCAGUGGGUUUACUCUGAGUAUAACAUAGUUUUUUAUAUUUUUGUUUAAGUUUUGUAACAAAAGACAAAGCCACUCACAACACAAAACUACACUUUUUUCUAGUCCAUUAUUAAGAAUAUCCUUUCAAAAAGCAUGUAACACUAAUCAAACUUAUUUGAUGCAUUCUUUCAAUUUUGCUGUAGGAUACCAGAAGGUCCUAUUGAUCAGGGCCCUGCUGCAGGAAGAGUUCAUGCUUUAGAAGAACAGCUAAUAAAGGCCAAAGAACAGAUAGAAAACUAUAAGCAACAAACAGGAGAUGGUUUGUAUAUGACUAUUUUGUUCAUAAUUCUACAAAUGCAUUUUCUGUCUAGAGGAAAACUAACGUUGACAAUUCUGUACCUUUUCCUUUUUUUUUAGUGGGCUUAGGAAAAGAUCAUGAAAUAUUGAGGAGGCGGAUUGAAAAUGGAGCCAAGGAGCUUUGGUUUUUUCUCCAGAGCGAAUUGAAGAAACUUAAAAUAUUGGAAGGAAGUGAACUCCAAAGGCAUAUUGAUGAACUUGUAUCUGACUUGGGUAAUCAUGAAAGGUACUAAUAACAACUACUGCUGAGUUUUUGCUGUGCUGUUAUUAUUUAAUUUGUAUACCACGCUUCAUCCAUAGAUCUCAGGAAUCUGAAGAGAGCAGGAGGUGCCAGACCGACUGGUCUCCCUUGGAGCUGGUUCCCUCUGGUUGGCUGGCUGUCUUCCCUUUUGGCUCCCUUUCUCCUCUUCAUUCCUGCUGAUGGCCUUGGCACCUUGCAAUAGCUACGAUGUACCCUCUCUUUUUCCAUGCGCUGCUCUGGUUUGCCAGAAGCGGCCUAGUCAUGCUGGCCACAUGACCCGGAAGCUGUACUCUGGCUCCCUCGGCCAAUAAAGCGAGAUGAGCGCCACAACCCCAGAGUUGGCCACGACUGGACCUAAUGGUCAGGGGUCCCUUUAUCUUUUACCCUCUCUCUGCUCUGGCUGCUUUGCAUGAUUCACCUCAGCCAGCUGACAGGCACUUAAUUGCCCGGCGCCUUCUUUUCCUCCUUGUGCCCCUCUUUCCUUGCUUAGUUGACCAGCUGCUUUUUCACCUUGGCUGCCCCUGCUCCUUUGACCAUAUGCCCAUCUUCACCCCUAUCCCUGAGAUCUCCAAGGCUGCCUGCUCCUUUGCCCACAAGCCCAUUUUCUUUCGGCCACCCCAGAGAUCUCCAAGGCUGCCUGCUCCUUCCCUCGUAUGCCCCAUCUCUACCCUCGACCUGCGGAUCUCCAUAGCUGCUCUUCUCCCCACCAGCAUGCGCAAUCUUAAUGUCCACCUUUCAUGUUUUAGACAUUGUGAUAUAUCACUAUAUUGCAAUGUUUAGCUGGUGAUAUAUCACGAUGUUGAAAAUCAGAUAUCGCCGAUGUUGAAAAUCAGAUGUUGCCCAGCCCUAGUGGUUAACAUUGUCCUUCACAGGCAACAUGGAAAUUGACUGUAGACACUCAGUGGGUUUCAUAGUAGAAGCAGGUUGGCUCAAGGGUACUAGCUGUGAAUUAUACCCGACGGAUGUAGAUGGGUACCUUGAACAAUGAAAUCAGAUUUUUGGGAGGUACAGGGGCCUUCAGUGGGAAGGAGAAGGCAAGUGUCCUGUGUGAUUGUCUGGAGGCAGUUGGAGGAUGGAUGGCAGCUAACGGAUUGAGGUUGAAUCCUCACAAAACAGAAGUACUGUUUCUGUGAGACGGGGGGGGGCUGGUGUGGGGGAAUACCUGGUCCUGAAUGAAGUAACUGUGCCCCUGAAGGACUACAAACGCAGCCUGGGAGUCAUCUUGGAUUCACACCUGUCCAUAAAGGCGCAGGUUAAUUCUGUGUCCAGGGUGACUGUCUACAAGCUCCAUCUGGUACGCUGGCUGAGACCCUACUAGCCUGCUCAGUCUUGCCAGAGUGGUACAUGCCCUGGUUAAGUCUUAAUUGGACUGCACUUCAAUGUGCUCAGUGUGGGGCUACCUUUGAAGGUGACUGGUGACUGGGAGCAACCGCCGGGAUCAUAUAAAUUCAGUCCUGAUAUACCUACAUUGGCUCCCAUUAAGAGCACAAUACAAAGUGUUGGUGCUGACCUUUAAAGACCUAUAUAGCCUUGGCCCUGUAUACCUGAAGGACCAUCUCCACCCCCAUCAUUCAGCUCGGACACUGAGAUCCAGCACCAAGGGCCUUCACUGUGAGAAGUGAGGUUACAGAGAACCAGGCAGAGGGGUCUUCUUGGUAGUGGUGCCCACCUCAGAUAUCAAUGAGAUAAGUAUACAACCUUUAGGAGACAUCUGAAGGCAGCCCUGUACAGGGAAGUUUUAUAUAUAUAUAUAUAUAUAUAUAUAUAUAUAUAUAUAUAUAUGCUGGAAGCUGCCCAGAGUGGCUAGGGCAACCCAGUCAUAUGGGUGGGGUACAAAUAAUAAUAUUAUUUAUUUAUUAUUAUUUUAUCAUUAAGUGUCCUCUACAAGCAGGGCACUGCUUGCUCUUGUUAGGAUUCAAGUCAUUGUUUCAGACCUUUUGUUGACAGCACCCAGGUUUUUCUGUAUGUGUGACACAAAACUUUCUCAAACCCUUUCUACAAAAGUCAUACUAUAAAAUACCAUAUUGCCAGCCAUGAAUGCAGAAACUCUAAAUGUAAAAAAUAGAGAGAAGCUAGAGCAUAAAGUUGUGUUUGAGUUUCUUCUUUGUUUCAGCAUCUAUUUUUAAAAGUAUUGGCCCAUGUAGUGUCUUCCUUACUACUACUAUUAUUAUUAUUACCCGCCCUUCACCAAUAAGCCCUAGGGCAAAUGUUUGUAAUCAGAAGCAUCCAAACCAUUCCAUUAACUGAUUUUAAGAACCAAGGUAUGGGAUUAAAUAGAGCUAAACUCUGAAUUAAGGGAGCAGUUCUAAACUGUCUGAGAGGGCAUCUGGGGCAUUCUUGGAUAUUUGUGACUUUCUCUCUCAGCCUGUGGGAGGGAUGCCCCCCUGAGGUCCCUGUGCGGUGAUGAAAAGCUCUGCUGCCAUUGCUCCUUCACUGUUCCAGGUAGGAGAAGAAAAGUGGCAUGUUGGAAGGCUGUUACAGGGGACACUGGAUCCUUGGGAUCUAAAGUCCUCUUGUUCCCUCAGCAUUCCCCUGACAAGCAAGGGAAACCUCACAGCCGUGGAGCUGGUGUAGUUUUGCAGCGGGAGGUAGAAAAUUUUAAAAGCAAAAUGGAGGAGAAAAUAGAUACUCUUCCACCUUCUGCCCUUGCCAGUGCAAGUCUUGCAAAUAUGUGAUUUUGUCUUUAGGUGCAAUCCAUGGGACGUAACCGCCACAUAAGUUGCAGGCUUACUAUAUUGGGUGUUUUAAGAUUGUGUUUUAGCAUACCAUUCUGUACUGCAAAGUUCAGUAAAUGUCUGUGGAGGACUAUUGUCACCCCUCCAAGCAGUGUGCCUCCAUAGACAAUGGGGAGAUACGUUUUCAUUGUGAGCUCCUCGACUGAGGCAAUGUCCAACAGACCAGUUUUUUUUUGGUUGUUGUUGUGAAGGGGUUACUAUAGGGAUGCUUUUAUCUUUUGAAUAUAUGGGUUUUGCUUAGAAUCUUGCAUAUUAGAUGUCUUAAUCAGCUGUGACUCUGAAGGUCAUACACCUUUUUUUGGAACCACAUGUUCCUCAACUUUGUAUGUUUCCUCUAAUAUUGGUGGCUUGGGCACCUAUAUUUUCAUUUAGCAAUCUUUAUAUAUACUACUUGUUCUGGAACAUAGAGAGAAUAAUAGAAAACGAUAUUUGCAAUCAAACUUGAGAACUUAAUUUCACAUAACAAAAAUUUUGGUAGCCUCAUGAGACUACGCUAAGGAAUUUCCUCUUUGGCCUGUUAAAAGUUAUACAAAAUAAAGCUAUAUAAUUUGUUGCCUUAUACUAAAUUGAUUUCUUUGGAUAUGUUUACUGCUAAAGAGGUGGUCUUUCUGGGUGUAUAUUUCAUCUUGAGAAUAACUGCCAAGGUGCAAAAAUCUCAUAAGCUAUAAAACCAAAUCUAAGUCGGCUGUAAUACUGAAAAUGAUAUAUUUUUUGCCAGUCUUGCGUUCUAACUGGAUUAAUUUGUUUACCUCGAUGUUCAGUAACUGUACACUUACCUUGACAACAAGAACAUAUUAAAUUUGCCUGAUCUAGAUCUGGCAUUAAAGUUAACAGCAUGUGGAUCAUUAUUUACAACCCUGGUCAUUUCUGUAAAGCUGAUACUUCUAUGAUGUUUUGCAGAUGUAUGUGAUUGGCUCCAGAUGCAGAUUGGAUUUCUGAGUUGGUGAAAAUACUUGCUACCGAUGUUGAUGACCUUAAUGUUAUAUAUUAAACACAAUAAUCCCUGCUUUUACUAAAGAUUUAUUUGUUUCAUUCAGUAUAAAUUGAAAGCAAGUACAGCUGAAAGCUUAUAUGCAGUGCAAAUAUUUAGAUGUCAAACCUGUUCUAAGUUUUGUAGACUAAGGUGCAAUUUAUCCCCACUUUCUUCCACUUACACACUAACACAUAUUUAACACCCCCCCUGGACAUAUCUAAAUAAUGGCCCUGGCACAUUGAGAGCAUUGGAAACUGUCUCAUACCAUGUCGGACCAUGUCCAUCUAUCCCAGUUUAAUCUUAACUUCUGGUCGUUGCCCAGUAUUUCUGGCAGAGUUCAUUCCCAUCACUCCUACCCAUCACUUGUUAUCUGAUUCUUUUAAUUGGUGGUGCCAGGCAUUGAAUAUGAGACCUUUUUGAAUACAAAGUAUGUGCGCUACCAUUGAACUAUAGUUCUGUCUCCUGAGGUUUGCAUUUACAAAGGCAACCAGAACCCUAAGCCCAGUGCCAUUCUCUCUGCAUGCAAAAGGCUUGAUGAACCUGAGAUGGAUCAUGCAUUAAGAUUAUAGCAGACAAAUUUUUUUGGGGGGCAGGUACUAUUUAGUCCUAAAAUAACCUGAGAUUCUCUAAUAAUUGAACAGACCAAUUGCAUCUAAUUUGUUUACCUAAUGUGAUUUUAAAAAUACCCGAUAAUGAAGAUUAUGCGGCUGCUUGAGUAGAUUAUGUAAUUCCAUGAAAUCUGAUACUCACCACGAAUUCCUAUUCAGUUGCACUCAGGGUCUUAUGGUUUAUUGAGCCUUUGACAUGCUGGUUUUACCUUAUAACUGUAUUUAUUGGGCAAUUAUUGAUCCUCCACUAAAAGAGUGAUAGGGAGCAUUGUGCCCUGUAUUUUGGAUUUGAUACAAUAUACUAUGAGAUGUUGGGAAUGCAGUUGCAGGAUAUGGCAAAGAUUUGUGGGAGUCCUGUUGAGUAAUUCUGGAUAUUGUUGGCCAGGAAAUUUUAGAGAACGUUGUUGCUGCCAUCACCAUAGGACCUCUGUGUGUCACUUUAAGCUUUGAUUCUGUUUUUCCUUCCUCUGCCAUUCUCCUUCAGGAUGUAUUCUUUGCAUUCUGGGAUUUGGCAGUAUUAGUCUGUUGAUAAUUCACAGAUAUCUCUUGAAUCCCAGGCAGCUGCCCUGCUGAGUUAUCAUGCAAGCCUAGUUGAAUCUGUCCUUAACCCAUUGAGAGUGUUUGUCCUGGGCUUAGCUCAGGUGAAGUUCACAUCAGGCAUUCUCCGACAUGCACUCCAAUGCCAUACAUGUUGGUACAUGGCAAGUAGCACAUAGACAUAUUGUGCUCAAAGUUAUUCUCAGCACUGCACAGCCCAGCCUAUCAUGGUGAUAGAGAAUUUCACUGAGAGUUUUUUUGAGGGAGUGGAUGUUGGUUUGACCAGCUGCCAUUUAUUUAUUUAUUUAUUUAUUUGGUGAUAAAUAUAGCCAGGUCUGUAUCAACACCUUUACCCCUUCUUUGCAUUCUGUAUGAAUGGGAGAGCCAUGAAUAAUUCCUAAGUAAAGGUAAAGAAGGCACCCUCUGAAACUGCUUAGGGGGGAAAGGGCGAGGCUUUAGAUAUAAUUUUGUGGGGUUUGGGGUCUAUUACUAGUUGGCGAAGGUCUAGCACAGGUGUCAGGAACCUGUGGCCUUUCAGGUGUUGCCGAACUACACUUCCUAUACUCCCUAACAAUUGGCCUUGCUUGCUAGGGCAGAAUGGAGUUGUACUUCAACAUCUGGAGGGCCAAAGGUUCCCAGUCCUAUCUUAACCCAAAUAGUAAGAACCUGCAGCACUUCUAAAAUGUGUUCAGAAUUUGUAAGCCUGCUGAGAAGGAACUUUCAUUACUGUGGAGCAACCAUUCUAACUCUUCAUUUGUCAUACAGAUUGUAUGCCUCUUCAGUGCUUUUUUGGUUGUUCUUGAAACAAAUGUAUGGAUACUAGUUAAGGUACAAUUUCUUGUGUGGUGUUCAAGUAGUUUUUAACUAAGCUAUAAACUCUGGGUAUAAUUAUACACAUUCAUAGUUUUUUGUCUGUCACCUCCCCCCAAAAUGGAUUGAGUGGUUUGAGUUGGUUACUGCUCAGAACUAAAUUUAUUAGUAUGCACUGAUGGUUUGUGUCUUUUUCAACAAUAUUGAGUUGGCCUGCUGAUUCCCUAACUGCCUAUAAUUUCCACCAUGAACCUAUACUUUCUUCUCUUUUGCCAACACCUCUCCUUGACACUCUAAAUGGAUCAGAGUACUGGUUUUUAGUCCACCUCUCUGCCUGUUAUCUGUAAACUGAAAACUUUUCACAAUACUUUAAACAGCAGGGAGAUUGUGUAUUAAACCUAUAUGCAUAUUUUCUUAAUGUUUGAUGGUAGCAACUCAUUUUGGCUUCCAAGAGAGAUUAUUAUGUUGCUCUAGCUGCACCAAAAGAUUUGUUUUAUUAUUAUUGUUUUUGGUGCUUAGGGGAAAUCAAUUCCAAUUCUGUUUGUGCAUGUGUGUGAGCUUGGUUUUCUCAUCCCUAAACUGUUCAAAUAUUUUGCUUAAAUCAAUUUGAGAUUGCUAAAUUUAUUGAAGGUGAAUACAUGUGCACAUACAGAUAUUUGGCUCUGGAAGUUGAGGGAAAUCGAUUUUUAAAAAUUCCUAUUUUAAGAUCUUAUAAUCCUCAUUUAGUUUUCAUUUUGCCAGUGAUUCUUCUGAUUGGUUAAGUUAGCCACUAAGGUUGUUUGUUUGCUUUUUUAAAAAACAGGUCAAUAAUGACAGAUUUGUACUACCUCAGUCAAACAGAUGGAGCAGGUGAUUGGCGAGAAAAAGAAGCCAAAGAUUUGACAGAGCUGGUACAGAGGAGAAUAACUUACCUUCAGGUAAGAAUUAUGGAGAAAGUGUCCUUGAAUAGAAAGAAAUUAAAGUAGGAUUUCCUGAAGGAACAUUUAAUUCAUGCUAAUAUAGAGCAGUGUGAGAGUACAUAAGGCACCAGAAAAAUAUAUGUAUUUACCAGGGUUAAAGCAACUUCAGUGAUUAAAAUAAUGAAAUUAGUUUAUUUAAUACGUGUUUGGACAUUAAGUAAGAGAGCAUUUGGUAAGUUUUAUAGAUCAAAUUUAUUUGCUGUUUGUGUUCAAUUUCUGUUGAAGUGCAUUUCCAGUCACUUAGCUAUGAGAAAUUGCUAUACCUUUCAUCAAUAUACUUUCUGGUUUUAUCAUUUUUACUAAAUUAAAAAGAAGAAAAUCUCUUUGGCUGUUCAGUAUUUUGUCUGGAUAACAUUUUUUCUCAGACUUUGAGGGAAAUUUGUAAGGUAUGUUCUUUUGGAUUGAAUCACAUAUGCAAAUUCCAUAAGUCCAUGGCCCAUCAGCCACUAACUUUAUGGUUAAAAGGACAUAGUGACCAUAGUAUCCAGGAUGUUAUGCUUGGUUGUCCCAUGGCAAAUACUUUUCUGGUGACAUCUUUAAAAAUCAUGGUACUACUGCAAGAGAGAAGGAAGUGCCCAUUCAAACAUGACCUUAGAGACACUUCAUGCAGUACUUUCUCUGACAUCGUGAUUAGUUCUAAUCAGAAAAAGUAUUUAGAAUUAUUUUAAGAAGAGGUAUGUUUGUUUGUGUGUAUGUAUGUGUGCCUUGGUACACAUAUUGAGAAGCAAAUUAAUGUAGAGGUGCAGAACCCAUGCAGAACCCAUGGCCUUCUAGAGGUUGUUGGACUCCCAACUUGCCAUCAGCACCAGCCAUCAUACCCAAUGGCCAGGUAUGAUGGGAGUUGUACUCCAGUAACAUCUGGAGGACCUUAGGUUUUUUCAUGUUGAAGAACAUUUUAAGGAAGGCUUUUAUGUUCAAGACUAAAACAAUGGGCAAGAUGAUCUCCUGAGGGAGCAUGAUUUUCCAAAUGAGGCUGCUCUAUACAUGUGCAUGGGACGCAGGUUAAACCACAGAGCCUAGGACUUGCCGAUCAGAAGGUCGGCAGUUCGAAUCCCCAUGACGGGGUGAGCUCCCAUUGCUCGGUCCCUGCUCCUGCCCACCUAGCAGUUCGAAAAGACGUCAAAGUGCAAGUAGAUAAAUAGGUACCACUCCGGCAGGAAGGUAAACGGCGUUUCCGUGCACUGCUCUGGUUCGCCAGAAGUGGCUUUGUCAUGCUGGCCACAUGACCUGGAAGCUGUACACCGGCUCCCUCGGCCAAUAAAGCGAGAUGAGCGCUGCAACCCCAGAGUCGGCCACGACUGGACAUAAUGGUCAAGGGAUCCCUUUACCUUUACCUUUAUACAUGUGCAUAUUUAAAUAAUUCUGGAAUGAUAUAGCUAAAGUGGCAAACUUAUACCUGCUGACCUCAGAAUAAGCCCCAGUGAACUCAAUGGAUCUUCUGAGUAGAACUAUUGUAAUUGCAUUUUUAGGAAACAUGCUUUAGGACUAAAGUGAUAGCAGCCACGGUCCAGAGGACUGAGAAGCUGGGGGUCCAGUGAGGUAGGCUGGGGUGUGGAGGUCUUUACACAGGACUUGUCGACAUGAGAGAUUGUCUGUUGUUAAUGCUUAAGUCAUAAAAAUCAGUAAUGCUAAGAAUUUGCCAAAUAAUUGUCCGCAAAUCAUUAGCAAAUGUAUGCUUUAAUAGACAUAUCUGCUUUAUAUUAACAUGUUGUACAAUUGGCACCUCAUUUUAAAAUUUAAAGUAAACAAUUGAAAAAAAAUGAACUUUAUUAUAUUCUUGGGAAUAUUUUGCAUACCGUAUUUUUCGCACCAUAGGACGCACCGGACCAUAGGACGCACUUUGUUUUAGAGGGGGGAGAGCAAGAAAAAAAAAUCUCCCCCUCUCUGCCCCGCGUCCCUACCGCGAAGUGGCAGGAGGCGCGGCCAAGAGGGGGAGAACUUUCUCCCUCGUGUUUUCCCGCUCUAAAACAAGGUGCCGUUUAAGGUGCGGACAGGCGGCUACCUUGGAAGCCUGGAGAGCGAGACCCCUCGCUCCUCCAGGCUUCAGGUUCCUCGACCUGCUCUUUGGGGCUGGCGGGGGGAAGCCCACCGCCAGCCCCAAAGAGCAGUUCAGGGAGCAGCGGAAAGGCGCAGCGGAGAGGCUCCUGCCAUAGCCAUGCGUCACCUCUCCAGCCGGGAGAGGGUCGCUGGGCUAUGGCUUUUAGCCCCGCGCGCUCUCCCGGCUGGAGAGGUGACGCGCGGCUAUGGCAGGAGCCUCUAUAGCCGCCCGUCACCUCUCCAGCCGGGAGCCGGGCUGCAGCCUCGCGCUCUCCCGGCUGGAGAGGUGACGGGCGGCUAUUGAGGCUCUUGCCAUAGCCGCCCGUCACCUCUCCAGCCGGGAGAGCGCGCGGGCUGAAGCAGCCCCCCGCGACCCUCUCCCGGCUGGAGAGGUGACGGGCGGCUAUGGCAGGAGCUUCUAGAGCCGCCCCUCACCUCUCCAGCAGCCCCGCGCGCGCCUCCCGGCUGGAGAGGUGACGGGCGGCUAUGGCAGGCUCUGCCAUAGCCGCCCGUCACCUCUCCAGCCGGGAGAGCGCGCGCGGCUGAAGCAGCCCCGCGCGACCUCUCCCGGCUGGAGAGGUGACGGGCGGCUAUUGAGGCUCUUGCCAUAGCCGCCCGUCACCUCUCCAGCCGGGAGAGCGCGCGGGCCAGCAGAGCUCACAGCCGCCGUCACCUCCAGCAGCCCGCGCGCGACCCUCUCCCGGCUGGAGAGGUGACGGGCGGCUAUAGAGGCUCUUGCCAUAGCCGCCCGUCACCUCUCCAGCCGGGAGAGCGCGCGCGGGGCUAAAGCAGCCCCCCGCGACCCUCUCCCGGCUGGAGAGGUGGCGGGGGGCUAUGGCAGGAGCCUCUAUAGCCGCGCGUCACCUCUCCAGCAGCCCCGCGCGCGCUCUCCCGGCUGGAGAGGUGACGGGCGGCUAUGGCAAGAGCCUCAAUAGCCGCCCGUCACCUCUCCAGCCGGGAGAGCGUCGCGCGGGCUGCAAGCAGCCCCGCGACCCUCUCCCGGCUGGGAGAGGUGACGGGCGGCUAGUGAGGCUCUUGCUCUAGCCCCGCGCGCGCCUCCCAGCUGGAGAGGUGACGGGCGGCUAUGGCAGGCUCCUGCCAUAGCCGCGCGUCACCUCUCCAGCCGGGAGAGCGCGCACGGGGCUAGCAGCCCCGCGACCUUCUCCCGGCUGGAGAGGUGACGGGCGGCUAUGGCAGGAGCUUCUAUAGCCGCCCGUCACCUCUCCAGCAGGCCGCGCUGCGCUCUCCCAGCUGGAGAGGUGACGGGCGGCUAUGGCAAGAGCCUCAAUAGCCGCCCGUCACCUCUCCAGCCGGGAGACGCGCUGGGCUGGCUAGCCGCCGCGACCUCUCCGGGCUGGAGAGGUGACGGGCGGCUAGUUGAGGCUCUUGCUUUAGCCCCGCGCACGCUCUCCCGGCUGGAGAGGUGACGGGCGGCUAUGGCAAGAGCCUCAGCUAGCCGCGCGUCACCUCUCCAGCCGGGAGAGGGUCACGAGCAGGAGUCUUCGCUCCAUAGGACGCACACACAUUUUCCCUUCAUUUUUGAAGGGAAAAAAGUGCGUCCUAUAGAGCGAAAAAUACGGUAUUUCUUAAGGCAGUUUGUUGGAAGUUGUAGUAUCAUUUCAGUUUGCAUCUUGAUAGAAAUGGUUACAAAUCAGCGAACAGUUAAGCUGUAUAAUAUGCAAGCAAUUUGAACUUGGUUUUGCCAUGUUUGUGGUAAUUUAAAUCUUAUCUCUAAAAUUCUGCCUCAUGAUUCUAAACAAAGCAGUCAGUACUAUGGAAUUGUGACCAUGUAAAAAUUUGAAGUGCAUUAGUUUUCAAAAGACACUAGACAACUCAUGUAAUACAUUUUCCUUAAAAGUAUUUAGGUAAGAUAAAAGCCAUUGGAAAAUGCUACUAUUCCAAUUUUAAUAUGCAUAUAGAGCAGUGCUCUCUAGGGAUGAAAAAAAAAGGAAUUCUUAUGUGAAUUCUUGUUUCUGGAUUGGGCUGAAGGACAUUCCUCUGAUGGGGUGACAUCUCCUGGUGGUGGUAUCCUAGAAAGUUUACUGCCUCCUCUCCAGGGGGUGGGGUCAUUCCUGUGAACCACCCUGAGAUCUAUGAAUGAAGGACAGUAUACAAAUUUAGUCAAUAAUAAUCCCACUCACCAGAGCGAUUCUCUCUAUUGCCACUGCUGGUUGGGUCUGACUUGCUCUCUUCAGAGGCUUGUUUUCUUGACUUGUUUUUUGGUUUUAUUGCCAGCCUGAGCCGGCAUAAAAGUUAAUUACAACUUGAUUUCAUAUUUUGCUAGGAUUGUGACCAUUCCAGUUGCUCAAUUUUACUUCAAUAUCAAUUCAUUAUGGGUGGAAUCCAUUUGGUAUUAUUGUGCCCAGGGAAGGGCUUGGGCCAAAGCAAUCAAACAAUGCAAGUGAUCCAGCUGAGGCAUCAGGUAAUGGAAGAAGAAAGGUUAUUUUUGCCAUUUCCUCCUACUGUCUCCAGUGCCCCUGAAAAUCAGCUCCAGAGAGUCGGGGAACCUUCCUGAACAAAGUAGAAGGUGGCAUGGAAUUUCCUCCUCUUCCCUUCCAUUAGCAGAUGCCACCACUGGUUCACUUAUAUUGUUUGUAUGGCACGAACAAUGUCAGAUACAAUUUAAUAGUCUUCUUUUUCUCUUCAUUAAGCUGAGUUCCUGCAAAACUGAAGUAUCAUAAUGUACGUUCUCUGCAGAAUUUUGAAUUUCUAGUUUAAAGUGCCUUAAACAAAUGGUUAUCAGAGUGUAUUUGUUUCUUUUAUAUUCAGUAAAUAAAAUUGAACCUAUACAUGUUAAUUUUCAUGUUGUAUAAAGAUCUGAAAAGUUCUUUCAGUAGCAUUUGAGCAGAAAAUUUUGAUUAGAAAAUAUUAGAAAAAUGUUCAAGUCUGCUUACUUGAACAACAUUCAUAUAAUCUAAAAGCUUUGCUUGAGGUUUUUUAAAAAUUAGAAUACAUGUGAAUACCUUAAAACACGUUGAAAACUAGGUGGAUCGUGGGUUCCCCCAAUCCUGCUGUGCCACUUCAUCAGCUGGCCAGAGCCUGCCCAGCUGUCAGUCACCUGGUGUUACUAUGACAAAAGGCAACCCAGUUUUCCUUUGUAGCAUAGCGAAUUAUGCAGCAAAAGAAAAGCCAAGGAUUGAAGUAACCAUGGGGAACUUGGUAGCGAAGCUGAUCCCAACAGGCUUUCUCUCACUGCUGAUCUGCUGAUCAGUUCAUCAGCGCUGACAGUAAGCCUGCCUUGCAAAUGUACAGUUUGGAGUGUUUUUUAAUGCUCCUGAUUGUGCACUGGCAGCUGUGUCUUCACCUGUGCCCCCUGCCCCACAUCAUAUCACAUCUGAUGUCAGGUGUGGGACAGGUAGACAUGCUUUGUGGGAAACAGCCUUGUGAACAAAGUUGGCAUCUUUGCCAGGCUUAAUUAGGUCUGUAGGCCAGAGCUUUCCUGUUGCUGUUGUAAUACAUGAUCAUUCAAAAACAUGCAUUUCUCUUAAAUUGUUUAAAGGGGGAGAAAGCAUUCUGUAUAAACUUAUCAUUUCAAUGAGUAGUGUUAGAUAUCUGUUAUCUAAAAGAUAUCUAAAAUAGAUAGAUAUCUAAAAGAAGUUAACCUGAAAAAGAAGUUAUCUUUGAAGUGCUGCAGUUGGUAUUUAUUUUAUUAUAGAAUACUCAUAUCCCGUUUAUUCACCACUCAGGGCAGCUAGCGACAUUUAAAAUCAGUAAGAAAUAGAAUAUUUUUUUUUAGAAAUAAUAAUUAAAAAGUUGAAUCCAGCAUUGCCCAAAUGGAGAUCUUCUUGGAUAAUGGGACUUCUUCCUCUCCUCUCCCCAUACAGCACCACGUGCUUCCCCAGAAUUGCUGUGGAGGGUCCCCCACCUUCUAAAACACGUGGGAGGCUGCAGGGAGGAGGACAGGAAGUGGAAGUCGUAUUGUCAAAGUGGAACUCAGUUUGGAUGCAAACCAUAGACAAGCAGCAGCAGCUAAAACAUAGCUAAUACAUGCUAAUUACUGUCAGAGCCCGUAGUGUUGAUGACCAACACCAACCUCAUACUUCACUGAUCUACAAGACCACCUACAGGGUAACAUUAAGGUCAGUAGUGAACACUAUUUCCUGGGAUACGACUUCUGGACAUAGAUCAGCAUCUGGUGGUCCAGAUCUAGAUCUGGCCCUGAUUUGCUUUGGAGUGAUCUAGUAAUCCAAAUAUUGUACAGUGGUACCUUGGGUUACAUACGCUUCAGGUUACAGACUCCACUAACCCAGAAAUAGUACCUCAGGUUAAGAACUUUGCUUCAGGAUAAGAACAGAAAUCAUGCUCCGGUGACGCGGCAGCAGUGGGACGCCCCAUUAGCUAAAGUGGUGCUUCAGGUUAAGAACAGUUUCAGGUUAAGUACGGACCUCCGGAAUGAAUUACAUACUUAACCCGAGGUACCACUGUACUUAACCCGAGGUACCACUGUAGUCCCAUUCACUUGCGUUGGGAAACCAAACCAGACACUACUAUUAGGUUUUUACACAUGAGUGCAUCAAAUUAGAAGAAAAGAUAGCCCCCAAAAGAGUGAAUUAACCCUGCUAAAUUUCAGAUAGGUAGGUCCAGGGGAUUUUAUGCUAGGGGGUUUAUUUUUCAAUAAAGAAAGUAUUUUAAAAAUACUGUACUACAUUGGUGUAUAUAUUUCACUGAUAUGUGCUUAUACACUGAUUCUGGUAUGUGUAAAGAAUCAUGAAAUGUCUGGGGAAGGUUAUUAACAUGUUUCUUUGAGUCAUGAAAAUUGUGUUUGCUUGUGUGGCUAUGCAUUUAAAACUUUUAAUUUUCUAAAACUGGCACUUUGCCAAUAGUACCCAAAGUAAUAUGGAACAAAAUAAAUAGAAACAAUACAGUAUUGUUAAAUAACCUCACUAAAACCUAACACAAACAAUUAGAUAAUGCAAAGCAGACAGCAAAAGGAAUCCCAUCUAUUCUCUACCUGAGAUGCAACGUUCUUGUAUGCAGAGUAUGCACUGUGCCAUGUGAAGUAUGGCUCCCUAAAAUGAGUCAUGUUGAUAAUAAUCCAACUCGGUUCAUUUUUGUAGGAAGUGAAAAACAUGCCUCUGACCUGGUACAAAUUUCCAUGGGGGUGGGUAUAAUGUGCAAUAGAAAGUGGUAUUGCAAAGACACAGUACAGUGGUACCUCCAGUUACGAACUUAAUUUGUUCUGGAGGUCCGUUCUUAUCCUGAAACUGUUUCUAACAUGAGGUGCACUUUCGCUAAUGGGGUCUUCCACUGCAUGUGCGCCUCCGGCAUGCGACUUCCGCUUGCACCUCGGGGCAAAGUUUGCUACCAGGAGCACCUACUUCCGGUUUAGCGGAGCUUGUUACCUGAAGCGUUUGCAAGGAGGACGGUACGUAACACGAGGUUCCACUGUACCUUGUGCCUUAGAGGAGAACAGACUGUAGACAAGAGGAUAGGUGGUGCAGGAAAGGUAGAUAAAUAUUAAAUGAACAGUUGGAUUUUAAAGUGUCACCCAGGAAGAACUGGAAAGGACAAGAAGUCCAUGACUACAGCCGAAUCAACCAAAAUUCCUUUUCUUAAUUGCUGCCUAUAUUUGUUUUGAUUUUAACUUGAUUUAUUUAAUACCCCAAUUGUAUUGCCUUCUCCAGAAAACUGUUGUUCAAUUUUAUUCUCAUAGCAGUGUUUUAGACUAGGUUAGGCUGAAAGAUGGUAACUUGCUCAAGGUCAAGCAGUGAGCCUUAUAUUUGCAUGGUAAUUCUAACCCAUUCACAAAUGGUGGAGUUUGGCAAUUGCAAGGGGGAGGCCUUCAAAAUUUCAGGGAGCACAUAACUCAUGGCAAGAGUGGUACUUCCCUCUCAUUUUCGCUGCUGGCCAUUUAACUCUCCGCUCCCCGAUGCUAUCAAAUGAUGCAAUUUCCAAGCAUUCUGGGUAAAAUAUUGGCACCAGUGGCUGCUGAGAAAAUCUCUGUUUCCAUAAAUAAUAACACUAAAAUAAUGGCGGAAGGGAGAGAUCACAAAAUGACCUCAGUUCAGGAGUUUUGCACUCUCAAGUUUAAGCCAAAAGUUUUUUUCAGAGAACUUUGAUCUCAGCACUGUUGGAUUGGGAUUUUGAGCUUGGGUCUCCUUGAUCCAACUCCAGCUUUUAUUAAACCAAUUCUCACUUCAUGUUGUACCACAAACUCAAGCAAUCCCCUCCAUUAUACAUCAGAUCCUUAACAUCCUUUUUGAAAACUAUGAUGUGCCUUUGUGUGUGUGUGUGUGUGCAUCUGCAUUUGUGCAUGUGUGUGAGAGAAUGUUAGUAUGUGCAUGUAUGUUUUACUACACUCCUAGACCUUCCAUUGUAGUAGUAUCCAGGUCUGUAUCUGCUGAACAGAUUCUUGAGACUCCUUAAGGACUAACAAAUUUCAAGCUUAUGCCACAAUAAAUGUGUUAGUCUUUAAGCCACAAAGCUCUUUGUUCUCCUGGACUUGUCUUUUUAUUCAUACAUCUGUUUCUUUGUCCUUGAUAUACAAAAAUUAACAUCCAAACAAUUAACAUUUGUUUAGUGUUAACAAUACAGACAGAAUUGCAGUAGGAUGGGUGGGUGGUUAUGCAUGUUCACUGAAGCAAGCUAAGAAAUUUGAAAACUAGCCAUCUUCAAUGGAGAACAUUCCACUUUCAAAGCAGUACUGGUGGCACGUGAGCAUUGAGACCAAAAGUUAUAAUGCUGAUGAAUUCAGAAAUAAAACAGUAAUUUAAAAUCAUAAAAUCAUUUUAUUUUAUAUUAGCUUAGUGAAGAAUGUACAUAAAAUUUUGACGGAGCAGAAGUCUAUUCCUGUAUUUGCAUAUGAAUUAUGAUAAUUGCUAUAUAAUUUAUGAUAGUUCUCAUUUGCUCUGAAAAAAUUAUUUCUUUUGUGUCUAUAAUGUCUUCAUGUCUACUUUCUCAUUUGUAGAACCCUAAGGAUUGUAGCAAAGCCAAGAAACUAGUUUGUAAUAUCAACAAAGGCUGUGGUUAUGGUUGCCAACUUCAUCAUGUAGUCUACUGCUUCAUGAUUGCAUAUGGUACUCAAAGGACGCUAAUUUUGGAGUCACAGAACUGGCGAUAUGCUACCGGAGGCUGGGAGACUGUUUUCAGGCCAGUGAGUGAGACAUGCACAGACAGAUCAGGAAGUACUACUGGGCACUGGUCAGGUAAGUCCCAUUUCAUUACAGCUAUUUUUCUUUCUUGCAUAAGGGGCAUGUUAAGAGAAAUCUGAUAACAUUUCAGUCCCAAUUACCAUUUGGGACCCAGUCUGCCUUUCCAUUGUAGAGGAAAGAUCAUUUAUGUUAGGAAAUAAAGAAAAGCAAUGGAAAGAAGAAAAACGAAUAUUAUCAGGUGGUUUGAGAAUUUCCUCAGAUCGCCCCAUGCUUACUUGGCUGUUCUGAUGUUUUUAUCAAUUGCUCAGACACAGAAAGUUGUAUUCAACAGUGUGUGAAUGGACUUCUCUGCCUGCGAAACAAAUCUUUUAUUCUUCUCCCCACACACCCCAAAUCUGUUUCAGAGGUUUGGGAAGCCCCUUCAGUCAGAUUUGGAGGGCACAGAGGAGGAGAGGAAGGGGGAUGUUCCAUUGAACAAGCAAAAGUCUGCUUAUUUAGCGUUUGACCUUCUACUCUGGGUAGUAUCAUUCUUCUCAUAGCAAUUCAGAUAAUCUACUGGUCAAAAGAGUAGAGAAUGGAGAGUUUUUUUUAAUGAUCUAAGGUACUGUUUCAUGAAGCUAAGCCUUGUGAUAUAAGACUGAAGUUCAAUGCUCUAACUCUGGUUCAUCAGAUGAACUUGGGAAGCUCACAGAUGAGCAUACAAGAGAUAUCCCUUGUUUUGGUCACAUCAUUUGAAAAGAAGAUGUGUACCGUCAGUGAAUGUUAUGUCGUCUGGGGUUUUUUUUAAAAUAAAAAAAAACUUUGGCUGGUAGCCAGUCAUGUUAUCAACAGUAUCUAGGCUAGCCUUCAACCCUUGUUCUCUUUCUAAUUGAAUAGCUAUAUUAGGCAUGUUGGCUGGAAUCCAAAAGGCAAUGGCGAGAGCCUUUCUGUAUUCAUUUGUAUCAAAACAAGGGUCACUUAUUGCACCAAAGAAAUACAUUGCUGAGAGCUGUUUAUAUAUAAACAGUUUAAGAGAUAUGGGUAGGAAUCUCAGCCUAGUAUGGCAUAGCAAAUAUUUAAAAGCAUAUUAGAUAUACCAGGCGUAAACAUCUUGGUUGUCUGAUCUUUGUUUGGAUCUGAUUUUAUUGUGCUUCCUCUAUACUUUAUAGUUUUACUUCUGCAGAGAUUGAUCUUGUUGAUAAAAAGCUGUGAUGAAAUUUCUCCUCUUGGAAUUUUGUUCAAAAAGUAGCUCUGGGUUAUCAUCUGAACUACCAGGUGCUUGGCUGAAAAUCAGUUACACUGAAUACUUUAUCUGGCGUAUAUAAGAGUUCCAGUUUGACCUAUGUUUUAGUUAGAUGACUUGUAGCUUUUGUUUCUCCUUAACUUGUCCUAGAAUCCUGGCUUCUUCCUUCUUUCUUAUUUAGGGUCACACUUCAAAGUGAUAUUAGCCACAUAGUUCCAUCCAUAAUUGAAGGGAGUCUUUUUGUUUUUGUUUUGACCAGUAGCCAGUGUGGAGGCUUAAAUCAGAUUGGGAUCCUGGUAGAGAAAAUAGGGGCUCUAACUCCCCCCCCCCUCACAAAUACAUACUGCAGCCUGAUCUAGAUCAAGGUCACCACACCUGAAAUUUGCAUUGCCCAAAAGGGGUGGUUUUUGGUUAUACAAACUGUGGGUGCAGGGACCCUGAUCUGUAUCAGCCCACAGUGGGGAGGGCAAAAGGGUUAAAGCCACAUUCUUUGCACAUUAGGGUCCUGGUCUGGUUCAGGUCUCAUGCUAUUUGCUCCCAAACUCUUUGCAUUUAAUUUUUUAUUUAUUAAAUUUCUAUAUCACCCUUCAUCUGAAGGCCAUAGGGUGGUUUACAAUAUAAAAAUACAAAAAUAUAUAGCAUAAUUUUUGGAUUGGAUAGCCAUCUGUCAUGGAUGCUUUAGCUGAGAUUCCUGCAUUGCAGGGGCUUGGACUAGAUGACCCUUGAAUCCCUUCCAACUCUAAGAUUCGAUGAUUCUAUAAAUAACAAACAAAAACAAUACCCUCGGUUUAAAAGACCAUUGAUUUGUUUUAGAGCAGAUAUACACGACUAAGGGGUCAUCCAAACUUACCUUUGUUCUGCACUUUCUAGUCAUAAGUCUGCACUUUCCAGGUCGGUGAUGGAAUGGUUUGCUUGUUUUUGUCCCAGCGCUUUUACUACUGAAUUGUUACAAACAGCAAUCUGAGGGGAAAGCCCAUUGCUGUUUGCUCCAAUUCAGUGGUAAAAUGUGGGGUUUCCUGGGGAAAGUGCUGGGACAAAAAAAUAAAAUAAUAAAAUAAUAAAAUCAGACAGACUUGGAAAGCCCAGACCUUUUGCCUAGAUACACGGCACAAAAGGAAGUGUGGAUGAGCCUGAACAUUGCAUGUAAUUUGGCCCAAAGUUGCAGGAAGUCUUUCAGAAACACCUUUUUACACUACUUGAGUACUUGAUAAUGAACUACUUACUUUGAGCCAGUUACUGGUUUGUUUCAAGAAGUUCAAUAUGAGUCAAGGAAUCUGAGAUACUUUAGAGUUGGAUUUAGCUGCUUCUCUGAAACAACGCUCUCUGAACCGGUUUCCAGGUUCGGUUUCAGGUUCGAUUCGACUCUCUGAAUUAGACUGCAGGAUCCUCCAACUGCGAAACAUCAGUACAUGUAAGGUUAUAAACACGUGUGUGUGUGUGUGUGUGUGUGUGAGAGAGAGAGAGAGAGAGAGAGAGAGAGAGAGACUCAUUUUGAAGAUGAUUUGGAGUGAGUGAACAACAUGCAACUUGUAUUGAAUUCAUAAUUUCAGACUGAUAACAUUUCCCUCUAGUUUGUGAUUUGCUUGUUAGUGAUUUGGGUUAGUGCCAGUUGGAAAGAGGCUUCUGUUCUCACCAGGGCUAAUGGAGAGCAAAUGGUGGCUUGAGCUUGUGUUGGCAGCUGACAAAUGAUCACAUGUAAAAUUCUGCAUUAGCAUACUUAUGGAGGUCUUGGCCUCUCAAUCCCAUGAGAACAAGUACCGUAUUUUUUGCACCAUAACACUCACUUUUUUCCUCCUAGAAAGUAAGGGGAAAUGUCUGUGCGUGUUAUGGAGCGAAUGCCUGCGGGUGGCGGGGGGGAUCUGCUGCAGUCGUGAGCAGAGGAUCCAUGGUUCCCCUUCCUUCCCUCCUCCGUGGUUACAAAGCAUGGAUCCACAUGGAUCCUCAGGAUUUUUGCAUUGGGCUACUCCAAACUCACUGUCAGAUCACAUGUCUGUGGCCACAGCAUGAACCACAAAAAUCAUAUAUCCACUAUUUCGUUUAGAAUAUUUUUUUUCUUGUUUUCCUCCUCUAAAAACUACGUGCGUCUUAUGGUCUGGUGCAUGUUAUAGAGCGAAAAAUACGGUAAUCUUUCACUGAGGGCAGCCAGUGGUAUACUCAGGUUUGCUUCAUCUGUGCAAUUAUAGUGAAUCCAUUCAUUGUCCAUUCAUCUGUUGAUUGAAGUUCCAGGACUAUGAAGUUCCAGGGCACAUGCAGAGUGUCAUCUGCACAGAGUGCCUUAUUGUCAUAGUGAAUCUUACUCUCUUAUUUUGGGCUGAAUGAACUGCUGCACAAUUCAAACAAGAACACAAAUAGAAAGCAGUUCUUUACUAGACUGCUCCCCUAACCAUACAGGUGAUUAAAUUAUAUGGCAGGGUUUGUAACAGUCUUAAGAUGGAAUGUGGGAAUUGUUAAAAGGUCUUGUUUUGCUGUCCUUGGUACAAAAAGGCACCAAAAACAUCAGGGGCAGAGAAGCUUAGGCGUUCUCCCUCUGAAAAGAGUAGAACCUAGCAGUUAGUUCAGUUUUGUAUUCUUCAAUCCCUGAGCAGCAUUUUAUUUUUUGCACCAAAAAUGGCCUUAACAGUAACAUAACCUUAUAAGGACCCAUAGCUGAAGAUCUUCCUUUGCACAACUAAGAAAGUCUAGCAUAAAUUAAUGGUGACAGGAAGAUGCCCCAGUUAUGCUGAGUACUUGUGUUUGGAGUUCUGAAGCAGGGUAGCUUGAAACGUUAAACUUGAGAAGUGUUUUCAGUGUGCUCAAGUUUCUCUGUGUUCUGAGGCAAGACUUUUGUGGGAAAUGCCAAAGCUUCCAUCACCAGAGCUUCAAGUAUACCCAACUGGAAAGAGAUAGGCUUGUGCUGUGUGCAAUGUCAUUUCAAGCUUCCUGUCUGGAGUUUAUAGACAGGUGUUGAUGUGAUUGAGUUUAGGUGUAAGGUUAGGGUCAUCCCCAAUCUCUUAUUCUACAAUGUGCCCAGCAGUGCAGGGGGCAUUUUUAAAGUGUGUUUUUCUUCUCCAUUGAAUUGAGUGGGAGAUAUUUUUCUCCCGUCAGCUCUUGUCACUCAAAAUCUAUUUUGCAAGGAAAACUUCAAAACAUGGGGGUGGGCGGGAUUGUGUUUUGCUGCUCUCUGAAAGCAAAGUAUUCAUAUUCAAAUAUAUUAACUUCUUUCUUCCUGUUUCUUUGAAGUAAUAAAACUUUUCAACUUAACUUGUGCACACAAUAAAUAGAUAUAACGAUCUAUGCCAAUUCACAUUCCAUUAGUUUUCCUUUUGCUGUUUCUACGUAGACAAGAGCAGUGUGAGUUCAGAGGCAGUGAGCCCAGCUUCACUGGGGGCCAACAGUGUGCAAUUACCAAUAAAGACAGGGCAACAGUUUGGGAUUAAAAUGGCCACAAUUUUAUUGGUUACAAGAUGUAAGAAGGCUUUUGGCAAUAGGCGCUUGAUAUGUAUCCUGAAUCAGCCUAGCCUGAUUGCUUGCUGAUUGCCCGUUAUGGUCAAUCCUGGGUUAAAGGAUCCCCCCAUGAUGCAGAUCAAAUGGGGAAGACCUGCUUGGCUGCCAUUUGGGAAAUUUUAUGGCCUGUUAGUCCAUUUCUGGGCCUCCAGACAAAACUUUUCCCAUGGUCCGUUGCCAAGUGCAUUGCCCACUCACAGUACAGCAGGAAUGUAAGGUAUGGAAGUGGACCUGAGUGAAGACAGGCUCCCCCAGGUCUUCCUCCAAACCCAUUCCCCCUAGACUGGCCACGAUUGACCGAUUUGAAUUUAAGUUUUGGUGGGAUUUCCCAGAGCACCCUGCAACUGGCUAAGAUUGUUAACAGUGCCGGCAGCCACAUGGGUAAGGACACCUGGCUCCCCUGAGUCUGCACCAGUCUUCAAUGGCUGCCAUUGAUGAUAUGGUAAGUGGCCCUUCUAAUAAGUAUGCAAAGGGACAAAAAUUAAGAACUCCUUUAAAAUUUGUUUUAGUAUUUAUAUUCCUUAUGCAGUGCUCUUUCAUUGUGUUAACUUGCAGUCAAUGACAUUAAACAGCAGUUACUAAAUUGUUUGUUCCUAUCAAGCAGAGUGUAGUGCAUUUAUCUUCAUACUAAUGAACUGAACUGUCCCUGUUGGAAAAUUUUAAUUAAUUUUGAUUAGUAAUUAUUUAAAUAUGUUCAAAGCCUGGAAUGGAUGAAACAAUUUAUAUAGUUACCUAGUGUGAAAAUAAUUAAGCAGUUUAUCUAUGUAUUAAGAGGAUUUUUAUUUUUAAGUGCCAUUGUUGAUGUCUUUUCUAUUUAUGUACACUAGUCAUUUGUGUGUAUUCCAGUGGCUAAUUAAAUCACUUCUAGUAUUAAGGGAAAUAGCAUGAAUUCUAAUAGGGUAUUUGACUGUAAUCCUUCAGCAUUUAAUGAGGUAGCACCCCCCCACCCCACUUUGUAGUCUUCUGGCAAAGAAUCUUGGGAUUUUUCCUAUGAAGUUCAAGCUGGGUAUUUCUAGAGAGUUGAGAAGACAACAGUUAUGGUUGGAUCUGUUGAUCAACUUUAAGUGAUAAAACAGCCAGAAAGACAAGUAUAUUUAUAUGGGAGUCCAUCAACAUUUCUAAAGUAAAACAUUUCACCUGCCAUUCCCAGUGGGGUUCAGGUGUGGACAGAGGGUUGACCAGCGGAGGCAAGACCUCCUCUGCAUCAGCAUGCUGACACAAACCAUGCCAAAACCAGGUUGGGGCAGAGUCAGCAAAGUUAUGCAAACAUGUACAGUCCUCUUUGGAUUUUCAUCACUUCUCUUGGGUCACACUGUAGGACCAGUUGGUUUCUGAGGAACUGAGUAUCAUCAUCAUCAUCAUCACCAAUUAGUUAUAGUUGGCAAGUUUUUUUCACUUCCUCUGUACUACACACAGUGGAAUGUUGCAACUAGUGCAGAAGUGCCUUCUUAAACAGUUGGCAAGUUGGUUCUUUGUACAAUUUUGAGCCACUAACGUGCCAUUUUACUAUCUAAAUUCUGAUCCUAGCAGACAGUUUAUGUAAUCCAGGCCAGCCCUCGUGAUGUAUGGCUUUUUCACUGCUUAUGUUUAGGAGGUCAGUUAAACUUCUUACAAGUCUUUAAGGUCUCUAAGCUAUUGUAGCGUGCUGUGAGUUUGGUGGUACUUUGUUUUUCAGUUUGUAUUGCAUGCUGUACUGAUAUCCUUGGGGAGGAAGAACAGGAUAUAUUGUAAAUUAUUUGAAAUAAAAAAACUGGUAGGUUAGAAUCUGAUUGCUAGAGUAAAAGGAUUAUAUAGCUGGAGGUGCUGAACCCUGCUUAUACCUGCAGCUUACCUCCCAGCAGACUGUUCCCACACUCUGUUCCUCUGCAUCUGAAUUCAAACACAUUACUGGAUAUUAGCUCAAUUCAGAGAUUUUGGGAAUUUUGCCCUCUUCUGCUUUAGUUUUUCAGAUUUUCCUUUUGUCUUACAUUUGCUGGUUUUAAAUUUUGCUUGGGUUGUGCAAAUGAGUUUUAGUCACAUCACACUGGAAUCUUUUUAUAAAUAUUGGUUAAAAUAUUGUAAAUAAAAGGGAAUGUAUAGAGUAAAAUCUUGACUGUCUGCUAAUGGAAUGAGACAUGAAGGAGGAACAGAUGUUAUCAGCCCCAUGGAGCAGAAAAUGGAAAAAUGUAAGAAUACUCCUAUGCAAAUUAAUGCAUCUUUACUCCUAACCAUGGUGGGGUCCAGAUGGGCAUGGCACAUCUUAUUUCAAAAAAUAUGCUAUAAAAGUUUAUGAUGAAAUGCAGCAAGAAAGUUCAAGGAUUUUGAACUUAUCCAUUCAAGUAAAAGGGUUCCAGUUGUCUAUAGGGUCAGCUAAUUUUGAAUAGUGAUGUACAAAAUAUAUUAUCACAUGAUCUAGGUGAUUUGAAAAGCUAAUUUAAAAGCUAAUUUCAGAAUGUUGACCUUCCAAGCUCUUCUCACAGAAAUAAAGGUAUUAUUCUACUGUGGAAUGCCUGUUAACCUACAAUGCGAAGUAAUACAUGCUGUGAUCACACACAGCCCUCCAAUUUUCCUAACCUCUAUGCUAGAAACAAACCAAAAUGACUUACGGCUUUAUCUCUGAUCUUUUCACUUAUGUCAUUAUGUGUUGGACUGAACUUUUUGAACAUGAAAUGUCAGAUAGGCUUACCUGUAUCUGGUACUAGAUGUCAAAUACUCUUCACAUUGAUGAUAAUUAGAGGAAACACCUCAUGAAUAUCAAGCUCUCGAAGUGUUUCAUGUAGAUCGAUUGUAGGGAAUAUAGCCAACAAGCCUAAUUGGGCCCGCCAAGCCUCUGAAUGUGUCCUGCUAGGUCAUUUUGGACAAUCCAUGUCUUAAAGCCCACAGUUGUCACCUGACAUGAUAUCAGAUCUGUUAUUGCCAAUCUAAGCAUUAGGAUCAGGGGUAAAUAAUUGAUCUCUAAUCUUAAUGCUAUGUGAUUAAUUCUAAAAUUGGAGAGAAGGCUAUGUCACCUCUUUAAAAGGCAGCAGGCACAGACUUUUCUCAGAACUUAGCUCUGAGGUCCCAUAGUGUUAAAAGCAGAUAUAACAGAAAUGCUGCCUGUUUUUUGACAAUAAAAAGAAAUUCUUUAUUUGUAUUCCUGGCUUGAGUUCAAGCUGCAGUUUGAACUUUGAAGCACCUGACAUUAUAUGAAUGGCAUCAGGUGAUUGACUCAUUUGUCAAAAUUGCCCAUGGAUCUUCCCCUUAUGUGUGUUGAUACAAUGGUACACUUUGGAUUAUUUUCUUUUGACGUUCUAAUAGCAAUGGAGAAGGGGAGACUUGCAGUGUUGGUUUUGGAGCUCCUAUGCUCUCUUUGUAGAUUGAAGUCAACUUUUGGUUUUGCUCAUUGGGGCUGUUGUCCUUGUAAAUCAGAGGAGAGUGCAUGUGCAGCAGUGACUGAUGACUUGGAAUAUUUUUUCCCUUUAUCUCUCAUCCCAAAAUUAAGUAAUACAUCGCAACAUAGGUACAAAACAUCACUACUGUUAGCUGUCUUGCGUACCUCCCAUAACAAUACUUACAAACAAUCAGAUUUCUAACCGCUAUCUGUGAUGCGACAUAACCUGAUUUCCAAUACUGGAAGCAGACAAUAGAGUGUUUUGAAGAUUGAAGGGCACUUAAUGGGCACCUCCUUUCAUGUAGUAUAUAUGCUCUUUUAUUUUGCCCCAACUGUUGCUUCUUGCAGCAGGUUUGUAAUUUUUUGAAGCAUCUAAAAACCUGAAAAAUGGUUUUACUACAGACUAUUGUGGUAUGAAUGUGCAUGCCACCCGAAAUAAUGCUUGUAUUAUACCACAUCACCUUUGACUUUUUGAGAAACUAUUGCCUAUAUUCAGGCGAAGCCACAGGAGGAUAGAAUUUAGAUAUUUCUGUUCUACAAUAGUGGUGCUCUGAACCGAUAUUUAAGGAUAUGUCAAGAAUCCAUUCUUAAUCUGCAACAUUAAGUCAAAGCCAUUCCUUUGAAAGGAUAGGGCCAGUAAUAUAAGAAUUGAAUAUUAUAGAUGAAUGCUUGGAGCAAAUCCAUUUUUGCUGAAAAAAACAAUAAAUGUUUAGAAUAGUCUACUUGGCAGGAAUAAUGAAGCAAAUAAUUUAGUGCAUUUCAAAAACAAUUAUAUUAUAUUCCAGUAGAAAGAAUAUGUUAUAAGUCUUAGUAGAGCAUUUUCUUGCUUUUGUGUGCUGGUGUUUUCAAGAACAGUCUAGAGAAUAUACCAUGCCUUCCAAUUCAAAUAGUAAUGUACUGUACUUUGAGAAUUGGAUUAUAGCAACAAAACAGAGAUUAUUUUAAUGGUAAGUGGACUGUAAAUGAAACCUGCUUUUGAGACUAUGACCAGCUUGCAAAACAAUCAUAAUGUCAAAGGCAGGUUUCAUUUACAGUCCACUUACAAUUAAGAUAAUCUCGGUUUUGUUGCUAUAAUUUAAAAGCUAUGGAAGUUGGGGUUGUAGAUAAUUUUAUAAACCACUAAGACAAUGUAAUUUUUCCAGUGGACAAGCUGGCUGCCUUUUAGCAAAAAUGAACAAAAACUUAUGUCUGUGUCACAGGAGGUGAAAUUUUUACACAUAGGAUUGAAUUUGAUAUGGUUAAAAAGAUGAACUUUAGCGCUAUUUAUGUACAUCUUUUUUUGUUGUUUAACAAAUGAAUGAUAUAGAACAAGGGAUGUAUGACCUGAUAGUUCUUUCAUGGUUACUUGUGGCUGUUAUACGUUCUAACGGGAAUUCUUCAAUAUAGUGUUAGAAUAUUGAAAAUUCCAAUAAAAAUAGUUUUGUUUUGGGGUUGUUUUUUUUAAAAAAAGAAGCAUAAUGUUAUAAUGGAAGUACACCAGUGUUCUGAAGGAUUGCAUAAAAAGAUAGGAAUUGAGUGUCAUAUGGGGGUUCCCAAUUUGAAAAAAACACACCAUCUAAACGUAGACUGCCUUCACAUGCUGAGAUUAAUGAACCAUCAGGAGCCCCACUUUGGGAAACUCGCUUCAAGGAACUCACAGGGGAGGAGAGGCACCACAGCAAUUUCUCCCCUGAAAUCUCCAGCUACAAAAGGAUGGGUGGGAACCCUGAAAAGGUACCUUCCGUAAAUCAUGAAGUCCAAUUUUGCAAUAACUCACCCAAAAGUCUAUAGCAGCAAUACAAGAUCCUGUAACUCAAUGCAACGAUAAAACUUUAAAUAUAAGCCAAAUUAGAAUUUUAAGAACAUUUGAAUCUCAGUACAGGCACACACCAAGAAAAUAAUAAAUAGCUUAGGCUAGAAUACUUAUUUCCACCACUUUCCAGGCCCUCCAGUGAGAAGUGGCUUGACGAAACUGGCCUUGAACACAGCUCCAGGAAAUCAGGCAAGGAGAAAUAGCCAGCAGAAAUAACUCAAGCAAUAACUUCACAGCAGCAGGAGGACUAAUGGCUGGCAGGGGGCAAGAAAUCUAUGAGGGAGAGAUAUUUUAUACCAGUUCACACAGAGACAGCACAACCUGCCCUCAACUAAUUCCAGAGUUUUAUUGAAAUUUCCAGAACUAGUCAGAAGAUUAACCCCAUGACGGGCCCAACUGCAAGAUGUUCCUCUACUGAUUUUGGAAUGCAAGGGGGUGUUCUUGAGUUUUUGGUACCAGACUCAAGAGCUAAGGGACUGUAAAUUAGCAAUUACUACAUCAGAACACUAAGUUCCUAGGGAACCUGGGUCAACCCAGUAUCUCUAGCUGCCAGUGAACUGAAGUUGGCUCAAACGGCCCCGAUUUGCGCAGUUAUAAAACAUACCAAUUCCGAUUAGUAAUAAUCACAUCACAAGAUUCACCCAAACCUUACACUGAACACUGAUGUAUUCCUGUUACUUGUGGCACCAGUAUAAGUACUGUGGAUGAUCAAAUCAAAAUGUAAAAAACAGAGGGGGACAUAGAUAUUAGUGUCAUUGAUCCUUUAUAGCAGGCUUCCUCAACCUCGGCCCUCCAGAUGUUUUUGGCCUACAACUCCCAUGAUCCCUAGCUAGCAGGACCAGUGGUCAGGGAUGAUGGGAAUUGUAGUCUCAAAACAUCUGGAGGGCCGAGGUUGAGGAAGCCUGUUUUAAAGGAAACUGCUGUGGACUUUUUGACUGAUCUUUCUUUCCUCCGACAAUGCCAUGUAGAGGAAUGGAAAUGCUGAGUGUGUGUGUGCCUUCAUGGCUUGAAGCUCACUGGAAUUUUCCACUCCAUUAUGUGUCACUUACCUGAAAUCUUGUUUGCCAUUUUGUUGCCAUUUCACUUAAUUUGGAGAGAAUAUCUUGGAGCGAUUCAGUUUACUUGACUUUUUGCGAUCCUGAAUAAUUUGGUGUCAUCUUCAUACUUACUGCUCACCCUGACUAGUUUAUUCAUAUACGGUACAAGUUAAAUGUAUGUAUUAAAUGAAUUUCUAAUCAGCAUUUCAGGGCACAUUGCUCUUACAAGGCAGAUUGCAAAAAGAUCUUAAACACACAGACACCAUAACCAACCAAUAUAUACAAAAAACAAAACACACUUUCAAAACCAUUAAUUAAAACUAGCAGCAGCUAAAGUUUUUCCCCCCAAGCAUGACACAUCAACCAAGUGUGGACUGGAAGUUCCUAGACUAGUUUUAGCUAGUCCUAAAACAAAACCUUAGUGAAAGACCUACACUGGCUCCCAGUAUGUUUCCGAGCACAAUUCAAAGUGUUGGUGCUGACCUUUAAAGCCCUAAACGGCCUCGGUCUAGUAUACCUGAAGGAGCGUCUCCACCUCCAUCGUUCUGCCCGGACACUGAGGUCCAGCGCCGAGGGCCUUCUGGCGGUUCCCUCGCUGCGAGAAGCCAAGUUACUGGGAACCAGGCAGAGGGCCUUCUCGGUAGCGGCACCUGCCCUGUGGAACGCUCUCCCAUCAGAUGUCAAAGAGAAAAAUAACUACCAAACUUUUAGAAGACAUCUGAAGGCAGCCUUGUUUAGGGAAGCUUUUAAUGUUUAAUAGGUUAUCGUAUUUUAGUGUUUUAUUGGAAGCUGCCCAGAGUCGUUGGGGAAACCCAGCCAGAUGGGUGGGGUAUAAAUAAUAAAUUAUUAUUAUUAUUAUUACUUAGUAGACUCCAUUGUUUUUUUCCAUUGAUAACUGAAAACUAUUCAUAAACCUGUUCUCUCUAUAUUUUAGCUAGCUGCUGAUCAGUUACCAGUCCAUAAGACAAUCCAGUCUAUUAUAGCAUUACCGCUAGGAGCAUUUGGUGAGUGCCUUUCGAAUGUCCCAGUACAUAGAGUCUACCAUAUGACCACUAUAUACCUGUUUGCUUUAAGCUCUAGGUGUGUAAGCUGAGUUCUGAGGUUACUGAGGUAAAACUUUCCUUCACACAAGUGAAGUUAACUUCAUCGUAAGAGGCAUUUAAAUUAUUUUACUUGACCAGUUCCUAUGAUGCUUAUGAACUACAGUUUGCUCAUUAGAAAUGAUGGCAGAAUAAAGCUCACAUAUAAGUGGGAAAAUAAAAACCCUAAAAGACUUCUUUAUUCAAACUUUCUGUGUAGGAUUUUUUCAUUUAUUUUCUCACCAGUAUUGCCAUCAAAGACUUUGAAAAAUGUGUUGUGUAGGAAAGAUCCCCCCCCCAGCUUUUCAUUAUGUGAAUCAUGGUGAUAGGAAUCAGGGGCCCUGCUUCUGGUCUUCCUAUAGAACACAGUGAGAGCAGCAUGCUGGACUAAAUGGAUCUUUAGUCUGAUCCAGCAGGGACCUUCUUAUGGUCUUAAUUAUUGUGUACAUGGAAUAAAAGGCAAAAGCUUUUUCUUCUGCACCUCUGAAGCUAUUUGCGAUCGUGUUAAAUCAUUCACAUUAGUUUAUCCUUUUCAUCAGUUCUUUAAAGAACAGGCAUUCAGUGUUAGUGUUAAUAGUGUAAAGCUGCUGGUGGGGCGUCUCCAACUGAAAAGGUUAACAAAAGGGAAGCAUCUCAUAAUUUGACUGAAGUUCUGUGCUCUGCAAUGAUAAUUCUUAGCAUGAAGGUUGUGUCUGCAAUUCCUGUUCUUCCUAUGUCAGUGUGGCAGGAGGAAGCAGUAGAAGAGUUCUCGCUGUCUUACAUAAAGUAUAAAUCAGGUAUGAUAUGUAUAAAGAUCUUGUGCAGAUAGACAACAGCACACGCUUGCAAUGCUGCCAUUAUUUUAAAGAUCAAUCAGAAAAUCAGCAUUGGAGCACUUUAAAUCAUAAUCCUAUAAACAGAUUUCCUGGGAGCAAGCCCCAGUAACCAUUAUGAAGCUUGCUUCUGAGUGGACAUAUAUAGGAUUGUGCUGUGAGCCUGUAAGCAUGCAGUUACGAUUUGAUUAAAUCUCCAGUAGGCUUGUAAAUACUAAAAAUUCAUGAGAAAAAGUUUACAUCAUGACUGAAUAGCAUUAAGAAAGAAGAUUUAAGCUUCAUACUCCUAGCAGUAGGAAGUGCAUUAAUGUUUUUGUUAAAAUAUUCCAAAGAGAACUUACUGCAAUAGUAAGAUGUGAUAAUUACAAUUAAGUUUGAAGAGGAAUGAAACACUUUUCCAUUAGUGCUCAAUAAUAGUGGUCUAAUUGUUCCAUGGAAAAACUAAAACUUGUUCCAUGACAAUUAAUGGAUAUUAAUUGAGUGGAUAAUUGACUAGAUUGUAUUUUUCAGCUACUGUUCAGGAUGCAUAUAACCUUUUUUUAAAAAAAAAAAUACUCACUGCAGAAGCAUGUACAGUGGUACCUCUAGAUAUGAAUGGGAUCCGUUCUCGAGCCCUGUUUGCAUCUAGAAGCAAACGUAACUAGCGACGGCACAUCUGCACACGCGUGCGUCACUUUUCGCCGCUUCUGACAUCAUUUUGAGCGCCUGCGCAUGGGCAAGCGGCAAAACCCGGAAGUAAUGCGCUCCGUUACUUCCGGGUUGCCGCAGAGCGCAACUCGAACGUGCUCAACUCGAAGCGUAUUCAACCCGGGGAAUGACUGUACUCCCAACCUGAUUAUCUGAACCCUAGAAGGAGUAACCUUCAAUUUCCUGAUUUCUUAAAAUCAUCCUAAUUUUUAAAUUUUGUUUACCUGAAUGCAAUUGCAUGCAUGUUUUGUCAGGACUAUGUGGGGCUUCAGCUAUUGCCAAGCACAAAGCCAACCCUGUCUAAUCAUUUCGCCACCAGCUCAUAGGUCCUUACACUGCAGCAUGAGCUGAGAGAAGGCUCCUAGCUCAAGGCCUCCAGCUGCGCUUUAUUUAAUGGGCAGCCAGGACCAAAACAGGCAGAGGGGAAAAUUGGACAGUUCUAAAAGAUUUGUGUAGUUCCAAAGUUCAUGUCAUUCAAAAGUUGCACUUUGCUAGGUGAUGUAAAAGUGACUGUCAGUAUGAAAAGUAAAUUACAUGGUCCUGACUCUCCAAGACCCCCAGACUCUGACCAAGCAAAUUUAUUUCUCCCCUUGCUCCCAAAUACAGUGGUAUGUGGGGGUUACAAACUCCGCUAACCUGGAAGUAGUACCUUGGGUUACAAACUUUGCCCUGGAACGGUUUCGGGUUAAGAACGGACCUCUGGAACGAAUUAAGUUCGUAACCCGAGGUAUCCCUGUACUCUGUGCAGACUCUGCUAUUCUCCACAGGGUAUUCACCAAUAUUUAUAAUUUGAAGGAUAAAAUUACUGAAUUUGAGCUUCAAAAAGAAGGAAAUCUAUCUAGAUUUAUCACUAUAAUGAGAGUCAACCACAUUUCGACCCCAAAAAUGCACUUGGGAAGUAUGCUGCAGUGUAAGGACCUAUGAUCUGGUGGCGAAACUAUUAAACAGGGUUGGCUCUGAAGAUCCCUCUUCACUCUAAAUGGAAACAAGCUCUUCUUACCAAUCAAGUAUCAGCCCACCACCACCACCACUGCCACACACGUUCCAAGUUCUAAGGAUUUUCUCUCACUGUGUUUAGGCUAUUAAAUGUCAUGAAAUGUGCCCCUGAGCAAGAAAACCUUUAUGUGCACAUAAGGACAGGUGCCAAAGUGGUAUGUGCUUUGCACACAAAUUGUAAUUGCAUCUACUGGGCAGUUCUAAAUUUUCCUGGCUUCCUGUAGUGCUUCCAGCCCAGGUGUUAAUGUUAGGUUAGUUUGAUUUGGAAGUUUAAAGACUGUGGCUUAAUGUCAGUUUUACUAAUCAGGAUCUCAAACCAAAUUUGGAUUUAAUGGCAAGCUGAAGUUUAAUUAAACCAGAAUAAUUAUAAGAGGAAGAGAGGGGCACCUCACUUGUUCCCAACUCCCAACAACCACUGACUAAUGGUUAGGUUGGCUGAGGUUGAUAGAAGUUGUGGUCCCACAAUGUAUGGAGGGCCACAGUUUCACCAGCCUUACUUAAACAUGGUUUAGUGUGAUGGACAAACAAGAUCAGUUACCUGGAUAACUUCAUUCUGGAAUUCAUUUAUGUGAUAGCAGAUGCUAUUUAGCCCCCAGUCCAAAGAAGUUUAAAAAAUGUGAGGAAUUUCACAUUUAACACUUUUCAAAGUGAGAGAACAUUGUGGAUUCCUUGUUGUCCAUAGUGUAUGUAAAUACUCCUUUGCUAUCCCACUGAAGCUUCUGCUUAUGUCUGCAUUUAGGAAAACUAGAUUUGUCCUCCCUGGAGGAAGAUGAACACUGGUUCUAAAAAUGUGUGUCUGUGGCUGCAGCAGCAGCUGUCUAUCUGCCAUUCUCCAUGGCAUCACCUGUGCCAAGCAGUACAUCUCUAUUCUCCCCCAUCACCCCAUACCCAUAUACCUAGAACCAUUUUGCAGUUGUUUGAAUAAGGUCAGUAAGUUCAUACAUGCCACUCAGCUGCCCUUCUUUUUUCAAUAACACUGUCUCCCCAAGCCAUUUUGCACUGACAAGGUGUUGCACUGGAGCUAGGGUUUUAUGUAUUUUAUUUUUAGAGCAAGCAAGUACAUCUAAUGUAUUUCAGAAUGAAUGAAUUUUACCCCUUUGGUCUACUUCUGGGCUAUAGAUUGAAGUCUAGCCCAUGCCUUAGCAGUGUUGUUCCCAUGUUUUCUCUCAUCUUCUCUUGGAGUUGAUAGGGCUGGGAAGGAAUUUCACUCUGCAUUCACACAGCUUGGAGCUGUCGAAUUUUUGCCUGUUCAAUAGCAGUGUCUUUCUUGGUUAUUUGGUUAUGUUGUCCUAUAAUUUUGCAAGCAUUAUACUCCAUGUUUUUAUAAUUAUAAUUAUUUUAUUAUUAAGGUACUACCUUAUGAGAUAUUGGGUGUCAGUUCAAGAGCCAUCUCAGAGGGGACUAGCAUGCCUACCACAUCCAUGUUUUUAGUGAUGGCAUAUGCCCUAUUGCAGACCUGGACUCGCCUUCCACCCAUUUAUGUUUUUCCCAGCAAGUGAAUUGGUGAUUUUGUCACUAAGCAGCUUGGCUGUCAGUGAUCCUUGCCCUAUGCCAUGUCAAACUUUAUAAGUUGUAACCAAUAAAGUUGUAGCUGUUUUAACCCAUUUUCCAUCUUGAUAUAAUUCUUUCUCUUCCAUUCCACCCUGCUUCAUGUUGUGGAGCAAUUAUUUGCAAAUACUUUUUGAGCUUUGAGUUUCUAUCUUAAUUAUUUUCAACAGUAGGCAUGGUGAGAAAUAUACUAAAGUUAAAUUGUUUCUUUCAGAACAUCGAAUUGGGAAUGUGUCUCAUUAGACCAGUCCAUCUCUGUAUUAAAUCAAUUAUUUUGAUAUUUACAAAGUAUGAUAAAUUAUUUCUAGCAUCUUCUGUUUAAGAUUUAAUUUUCCUUCUCAUGUUAAUGUGGUAUAAUGAAUAUGUGUUAUUUCUGAAAGGCCAGUGUUUUUUUUCAUUUUUCAUUAUAUGCCCAAGAAUAAAUGAUUCUGGGAGUAUGCCAUUUUUCAGAUAAUCAUUUACAGUGUCUGCUAAGUGAAGAAAUCUUAGGAAUAGUUGUCAGGCAGUAAAUCACCCCUUCAAAUGAGUACUUUUAUAUUGGCAUUUUUUAAGAUGUGGUAAUUUAUGUGUUUCCUUUGUGUAGUAGUCAGUUAUUAUUUUGGUUCUAGGUACCAGAAGUUUCACAUGCAGCUCUUUGGGGCUCCUAGUUAAGUAUAUUGUACUUAAUCUCCAUAUAGAGUAACAGUGAAGCAGUUCAGGCCUUCAGCAUCCAUAAGGAUGUUGGACAGAUCAGUUGAAAACAGCCUUUCAAAUGGAUUUCCUUCUGUCCGCCCCCCCCCCCCCCGUCCCCCAGUUGAUCCCCAUCAUGGUAUGGAUUCUUCUUAGGGGUGCUUUUAACCAUAGUUGUCUACAACAAAAAUAUAUUUUUUAAAAAAUAUGCACACAUCAUGUGUAUGCAUAUUGAUUUGGCAUGUACAUUUAGAUGUUCACUGAUGCAUAAUUGCCACUGUCCCAAUGGGUGCCUCAUUGUUUUUCUUUUUUCUGAAGUAUUUAAUUGUGUAAAUUGUUUGUUCCUAGACACCACCUAUAUGCACUAAGGAUGAAAUCCUAACCAUGCCUAAUCAGAACUCAGUUGGACUUGUUUCUUUGGGGUUAGGAUUGCAGCCUUAAUCUGCUUCCUACAAUGAAUUUUAAAAACCAGUGGAAUACAUUGUUCACUAUUGUUUUCAUAUGAAAAUAAGUUACCCUUUUGGUUACCUGUAGACUUUAUCUGUGUUCCUCAGUUAAAAGUCCAAGCCUCAUUGUCAAAGUGAGUGGAACCACCAAGAUUUGACUGCUCAUUUUGACCACCCACCUGCCCUUUAAACAAUUGUUUUAUUUUAUUUUUUUAUUUAAUAGCAUCUAAACCAAUGGAACACAUAAUUCAUUGUUGUUCUUUUUCACAUGGCAAGAAUACAUUGGCACUAAAAAGGAUUUAAAGCUGCCAAACAGGAAUUAGCUUGAGCAUUAUGCUUCUGGAUACCCAUACAGUGGUACCUUGGUUCUCAAACUUAAUCUGUUACGGAAGUCCGUUCCAAAACCAAAGCAUUCCAAAACCAAGGCACACUUUCCCAUAGAAAGUGAUGCAAAAUAGAUUAAUCCAUUCCUGACUUUAAAAAAUAACCCCUAAAACAGCAAUUUAACAUGAAUUUUACUAUCUAACAAGACCAUUGAUCUGUAAAAUGAAAGCAGUAGACAAUGUACUGCGGUCACACAAUCAAUCCAUCAGUAGCUGAACUGAGUUCCACACAGUCACAAAAACAAGAGCCGCAAAAACAAAAAUGCAAAAUAAAUAGCAAAAACAGACAGACCUCAGCGUAGCACUCAAAAUGGAAGUGUGACACUCAAAUUGGAAGUGUAACACGCAAAAAUGGAGUGUGUUCAGCUUAUGAAAAAAGUUUGCAAACCGGAAAACUUAUUUCCAGGUUUGCAGUGUUUGGGUUCCAAGUUGUUUGAGUACCAAGGCGUUUGAAAACCAAGGUACCACUGUAUAUGACUAUUUUCUGUAUAAAAUACAAAUUUAUGAAAUAAGAUGUUGCAAUAAAUAGAACUUGUAUGUAUAAGAGAGACUGCAACUGUAACUCCACUUACCUGGGAGUAAGCCCCGUUAAACUGAAUGGUACUUCCUUCUCAAUAUACUUGGAUAGAAUUGCAGCCAUAGGUGGCUUUGUGAUGUGUCAUUAGCCAGUUCGUUAACUUUGCCUCCUUUGUAGCAAAAUCCACUAUUCUUGUGGCACCUUAGCCACAAGAAUAACUGAUUUUGUUACAAAGGAGGGCUACCACCUCUGGAAAGUCACUAACUUUGAAAGAUAACACACAGGGAAAGUAAUUGAUUUGUAAAUAUAUUUUGACUGCCGAGAGUUGCGUGUUUCCUGUGUGCUAUGAUAUAUAUGAAAAAAUAUGUAUAUUUCUACACCAGAGGAUGACAAAACUGAAGAAAGACAUGUGCAAAAUAAACCAAUUGCCAUGGAAUGGAAAAUACCAGAUCAAAGCGUGAAUGAACAUUGGAAUGGAUUGAGGCAUGUUCAUACAUCUCUGCUUGUACACCAAACUUAGCUUUAUACUGUUGCUGAAAAUAUGGCAUGAUGUCCCCAGCUCUGCCUACUGUCAAGCGUCCUCUGCUGCUGGUAUGUCUUGUGUUUUUGUCCUCAAGACGCUUGCACACCCAUGAAGUUCUCAUACUGUGAGAAAUUGAAUCAGUAUGUUUGGCUGCCUCGACGUUAAGUCGCUAAAUAGCACUUAAGGACCUCUGAAGCCAAUUAUUUCCAUACUUGAGACCAAAGUCCAAAGAAACAGAUGAAGAUGGAGGAGUGCUCUGACUUUACAGUGAUUCAGAAACUCUUUGGAGGAUUGCAGUGUGUAGCAGUUAUCCCACUGUGUGCAAAAUUUGGAAGGUUUUUGUUUUGAUUACAUCAAAAGAAGGCUUGAGAGGAAACCUUAACUGUGUAGCUAUAGCCUUAAUCCAUGGGUUGUUGCUUUUUUUGCAGGAUAAGCAAAUUUAUCUUACAUUCAGAGAGUGGCAACAUUUUGAUUUUUGAAUUACCAGUUUUAUUUUACUUUAAGAGAACCUUCCUGGGAAAUCAGUUGUUGAGACCAGAGUUAAAUAACCAUCUACUGAAAUAACUGAUCUUUUAGAAUUAGAUUUUUACACACACACACACACACACACACACACACACACAGAGUGUAUAAUCAAUCAAAUGGAGUGUUUAUGCAUUGAAUUUUGUUGUUAGGGAAUGUUCAGUUGAUUCUUUACAAUUUCUUCUUGCACACUACUAUUAGCAUCACUUCUCUCAUGUAAUUAUUUCCAUUCUUCUUUUCAUGUGAGAAUUCGAAAUCUAAUUAUUCUUCAUUAAAUUUAAUUUUAUGUGUGUGUCUGCACACACACACACACACACACACUGCAUCAUUCUGUCUCACUUAUAAAUUAGGUCCUUUCUUCACAAAUCUCUAAUAGAGGUGCUUUCACAUGCUUUUCAACUAAAUUGAUUAUAUUUUUCUUUAAUCAAGAUUUUGUUGAUAUUACAGCAGCAGCUAGUGAAGACAGGCCUCUAAUUUUGCAGAAAUUGUCAUUGGAUCUUUUCCAAUUAUUUUCACCAUCUAGGUGCAAUAUUCAGUUUUAAAUUGUGUCUACAAACUAUCAACUAUACAUGUGUCGGAAUCGGAUCCACCAUCAAAAUGUCUAUAAAGUGGGGGGGGGGCGGCGUUCAAAACAGGGUAAGCUGGAGAAAUUCCAAACCUUCUCCUGCCUGUGCUUUGUCUCCACUUACCUCUCACUUGCUUCUCUUUUGUGGACCCAAAGUAACUCUUGCAGAGAAUAAAACUGCUGGGGGUAUGUUUUAGGGGGAGAAAGCUUUGACACAUAAUAGAAUCAUAAAAUUGUAGAGUUGGAAGGUAUCCAAAGAGUCGUCUAGUUCUUGCAGUGCAGAAAUCCCAACUAAAGCUUCCAUGACAGAUGGACGUCCAGCCUCUGCUUAAAAACCUCCAAUGAAGGACAGUCCAAUGAAGGAGGGAGUUUGUUCUGCUGUUGAACAGCUCUUACCAUCAGAAUUCCCCCCCCCAGUUGUUUAGUUGGAAUCUCCUUUCUUGUAACUUGAAGCCAUUGGUUUUGGUCCUACCCUCCAGAGGAGGAGAAAGCAAGCUUGUGCCAUCUUCCAUGUGACACCCUUUAGAUAUUUAAAGAUGGCUAUCACAUCUCCUCUCAGUCUCCUCUUAUCCAGGCUAAACAUGCCCUUCCUCAUGCACCAUAUAUAAUGCCAUCUAUUAAAAGUUCUAAGUUUUAGACUUGUGGGGUUUAUCUGUCUCCCAGCUCCCAUUAGAUAUUAUGUUGAUCAGCAAGCUCUAAAUGAAUCUGCUAACCACCAUUGCCAGAUAUAUACAACAUUUUACAUAAGUUCUUGAACAGUGGGCACAGACGAACUGGUGAAAUGGUCAUUUAGAUUGCAACCAAUCUAGAGUAUUUAUUGUGUUCUCAAAUAUAUCUGAUGUUGCUGCUGAAUCAUUUGCCAGAACUCUGAAAUAUUGCAGGUGUCACAUGCAAGAUAUUAAUUAGAAUGGGUGCUUGGGAGUGGGUGGUUUUCAGCUGGGAACUCUGAGGGCAACAAUAAGUUCUAAAUUUUGUGAUCCAACCUUUCUUCAGUAAUAUUUGAUAGUGCGGUCAGGCAAGUCACUUGGAAAUCUUCUGUUUCGUCAUCUUCAUUUUAGUAUGCCCGUACCAACAUGCGACUCAAGCCUCAGAAACCUUUAGGGACUGAGCACGCAAGCCAGCAGAGAUAAGAACUCUGUCCACCCUUCUGUUGCAAAGAGUUCUUAUCUCUGCUGGCUUGCGUGCUCAGUCUCUAAAGGUUUCUGAGGCAUGAGUUGCAGUUUUGAUGCUGUUUCGAGAACCGGAGUUCGCCCGGCUGCCGGCCAGUGGGCUGGAGCCAGCUGGGGGCCUGCCAAUUGCCCCCGUCUCCCAGGACGCAUCCCAACAGUCAUAAACCUCAGACUUGUUAAGAUACUGUAAAUUGAAUUAUGGAACCUGCUCUUUCUUUGGCACCUCUGCCAGGUUUAUGAAAGUUGUCUAAACUCCAAUGAACUACCAGGGAUGAGUCUUUUGUUCUGUCUUUUGUUCUACCAGGGAUGAGUAUUUUGUUCUGCAAAAUAAUAUCGGUAGUGCUUUUCUGUCACCUUAUUUUUGUGCGUAUAUAUUCUUACAUACUUUAUUUCUUUGAUUCUUAAUCUGGUGAUUUAUCAAACAAGAAAACAUUGUAUGUUAGGUAUAAAUGAUCUCCCAUUUAGUUGUAUGGAAAGCUAUGUAUCUGUUUUUGAAGUAUUAACCCAUACUGUAUCUUUUAUAGGUGAGGCAAAUGAUAAAGAGGUUCAAGUAAUAGAGCUACCCAUAGUUGACAGUCUACACCCGCGACCUCCAUAUUUGCCAUUGGCUGUCCCAGAAGACUUGGCUGACAGGCUGAUUCGUGUCCAUGGGGAUCCUGCAGUGUGGUGGGUCUCACAGUUUGUCAAAUACCUGAUCCGUCCACAGCCUUGGUUAGAAAAGGAAAUAGAAGAAGCUACAAGGAAACUUGGCUUUAAACAUCCAGUUAUUGGGUAAGGUAUUUUAUUAUGUGCUACAACUACAAUCUUAGACAUAUCCCUAGUCUAAGGUUACCAGAUUUUUUUCAAUGAACCCGGGGACACUUUUCAACUUCAAUGGAUUUUGUAUGGGGACAGAUUUGUAAAUCCGGGGACUGUUCCCGGGAAACGGGGACGUCUGGUAACCUUACCCUAUUCAUGCUUAUUCCUAUAUCGAAAUUAGUAGGACUUCUGAGUGAACAAGAACAUUUCACCUUCUUUAGCAUUCUUUUUCACACAGAAGGCUCUGAAACACUUCUUGGAAAGUCAGAACUCAAAAUGCAUUGAGAAUAAAGGAUGUUGUCCUAAACCUAUUUUGCUACUUUAUUGUUUUAAUGCAUGAAGGCAGCAACCUUGCUGUGUUCGUUAUCAGAACCUAGUACUCUGAGAUAAACUGCCUCUGAAUGUGGGUGCUCUGUUUGCCCAUUGAUAGCCCUGUCCUUCAUGAGUUUGUCUAAUCCUUUUAAAGAACUUCCUAAGAGAGAGAACUCCCCACCACCACCAUUUAUAACAGUGGUGGAGAACUUCUGGCUGCAGGCCUAAUUAGGCCCACCAGUCCUCCUGAGUUGACUGUUUUUGCCAAGCCAUGGCCAUCUAACCUACCCCUGACAUUUUGUGCAGGGCAGGUAAAGCUGUGGUUGAGCUGAAAGGCUUUUCAUCUGCAAAGCCCCAUGAAUAGUGCUUUGGAAGUGCCAACAAUCAGCUGAUCCUCCAGGUUUCUGUGCAUAGUACUAUGCAAAAAAUUGGUCCCCUAGCAUCACUGUAAUGGCAGUUACAUAUUUUGUUGUAGAAAUGUAGACUCCUGCCCACCCUUGCUUGGUUUAGAUAUGAAAAGAGAAGGCAUACUUAAUACUUUUAUAAGAUUUCUGUGACUUAUGCUUACAUCCAGUUGAAGACUAAAUUAAAAUCACAGUAAUUAAAUUAAAAUCACAGUAGAAAUCAAUAAAGUAAACAACAGAGAAGACAUGAAGCAUUAAAAAAAGAGAUGAAGUCCUCAAUGCAGAUCCUUAUCUAAACUGAUGCAGCAAAGCCUGUUGGUAGAGAAAGCUUUCACUGACCCGCAGAAAAUGGCAAAAGAGGGUGCUACUUGAACCUCAAGGGAUAAAGUGUUUCAUAAUCUAGGUGCAGCCACAGAAAAGGUUCUGAAUAAACAUUUUCCUGUCCCUGUCAUAUCUAAUUUGGCACUAAUGGUCUUAAUAAUACUUGGAUACAGUGCACCAAGAAUUCAAUGUAUAGAAUUUUUCUCAGUUUUUACUAUAAAAAUUAGUGUAAUUUUUGUUCCACCUUUUUACAUACUAAUAUUGUUAGCUAUCUGCAAUAGCCCCUUGGGUUUCAGAACUCAGCCACUUGCAUAAUAUUGGUUAUAUAUUUGAAAAUAACUUAGUAACAUACUAAAAAUAAGACACUUCUAGUUUGAAUCUAUUCCUAUCAUUCAGUCAUCAGUUUUGUGGGGAAAUGAACAAGAUGUUAAAGAAAAUUGAAGCUUAAUAGGGGACUUUUCAGUAAAUAUUUCUUCUUGUUUGUUUUUAUAUCCCACCCUUCAAUUUUGAGGUGGAUGACAGCACCAGCUAGUUCAGUGGUGUCCAAACUUUUUCAAAGAGGGCCAGAUUUGAUGAAGUGAAGUGCCAUGGGGGCUGACCAAAGUUUGUUGAGCUUUUUUUAGGGUUGGAGUUGUUGAGGGUUUUUUAGGAUUUUGCCACAGGGGCCAGAUUAAACCGACCGGCGGGCUGGAUUAGGCCCCCGAAACGGACUUUAGACAUGACUGAGUUAGUUAAAACAAGACAGGGCACAAUUAAAGCCAUAAUUGAAACCACAGAAUCACAAUCAAAUUAGCAGCAGUAAGUAACUAUAGUACUACCCUAAUAAAAGACAGCUUCCUUUCCAGAAACCCUGGAGAAAAUUAAUUUUACUCCAGUGUUUUAGUUCUGCAGGCAUGUUUUAGUAUGGAUGAAACUGUAGAGAAGUGAUAAAAAUGCCUUAAGAACCCUCUUGACAAAUACACAUUUAUGAUACAUGCAAUGUCUUUUCACACAAGGUUAAAUUCUGUGAGCUGGUGACUAUAUUUAAACCUACUGGUUAUGUGUGUAAAAGGAGGCCAUGCUGACCGUGUGGCGCAUUAGUACCUUGAAAGUAUUUGCAAAAUCAUAAUGCUGUGAUUCUACUGUGACAUGUGUAAAAUAUAUUGGCAUUUGGCCUCCAACCAUCUAUUUGGUUUUCAAGGACUGAACAGUAAUCUUUACUUCUCUCCACCCACCCUCAGCCAUGUAACUAAUCCAAGCCCUUGCUCUGUGGUUUUUGACAAAUUUAUUCUGAAAAUAAUACAUAUUCUAAUGCCAGUUUAUUUUGCAGUACGUCCUAAUGAAAGUAAAGGACAAACGAACAAAAAACAAACAAAUCCUGAUCAAGAGAAAUUUGUGUUUGCUUUUCAUUGCAGUAUUCAUGUCCGAAGAACAGACAAAGUGGGAACUGAAGCAGCAUUUCAUCCCAUUGAAGAAUAUAUGGUACAUGUUGAAGAACGUUUCCAACUUCUCUCCCGCAGAAUGCAUAUUGACAAAAAACGAGUCUAUUUGGCUACAGAUGAUCCUUCAUUAUUGCAAGAGGCAAAAUCCAAGUAAGACCAUCUUUGUACAUAAGUGAUUUUACAUGAAGUGUGGCUGUUUAAACAAACAGCAUAUUUACUUUUAAUGUCUAUAUGAAUACCUGUGUUUGAAACUAUUUGCAAAUAGCUAUAACUUCUGAGCUUUAUAUACAUGCUUCCUAAACAGGUGUUGGUAGAACAAGGCUCCACUAAUAGUAAUUCUUAUAAGAUACAGCGGAAAACUUCCAAUUUGGUCUUGAAUUUGCGGGUGGAUUAUGACACAUAUGAGUCAUGGGUUUCUGUUUACAAGAAGUGGAUAAAAAUCCUGCAAAAUUUAAUUUCUCAUUAGGGCUACAAGCUAUGAAGGCAUAGCAAACUGCUAAGAGGUGAAAAAAUCUGUUUAAUUUCAGUGUGGUAUCCAAUUAACGAGUCCUGUCAGUGCAAGAAUUUCCACUUGUGCAGCAAGGCUCCCUCCCACCCCUCACCCACCCCUAGAACAGAUUUAGGAGGCAGAAGUUCUAUUGCACAAGCAAAAAUCCUUGCACUGAUGAGAUGUACUACUUUGGGUGCAACCUCCAAAACUGAAUGCUGAUAUUUGUGAUGCAUUUCCCCCUCAGGUAUCCAAAUUAUGAGUUUAUUAGUGACAACUCCAUUUCGUGGUCAGCUGGUCUCCAUAAUCGGUACACAGAAAACUCUCUACGGGGUGUUAUUCUGGAUAUACACUUUUUGUCUCAGGCAGACUUCCUUGUCUGCACAUUUUCUUCACAGGUAAGGUGGUGCACAUUAUAAAGUUCUGCAUAUCAAUACUCCAGUAGCACAAUAUAAACAUGAAUGGCUAUAGUACUCAGUGGUUUCCUAUAACCAAUAGUAGUACUAUGAAAUACUUGAAAUAUACAAGCAUUAAUAAUUCCUUAAAAAAUUAUUCUCUUUCAUAACAUGCAGAAAAUCAAUGCAAAACUAACAUCCCUAAAAACAAGAGCAAAACUACUAUUUAAAAAAGGGAACCACAUCAAUGUGUAGCUCUUCUUAUUACAUCUCAGAAAUAAUGAGCUGCGUUCAGACAUGCCCUUUGACAUACAGAAGGAGGAAGAGGAAGCAAUUUUAGCUGAUCCCCAAUGUUCUGGAAAGUCCCCACCUUUCCAGAGCAGCUUGCGAGAAUUGGAGGAAGAGUCAGCAAAAAAAUAAUUUCCCCCCUCUUCCUGUAAGUGUGUCACAUUAGUGGAACUAGUUUUCAUAAUUAUUCUGGAUCCAAUCCAUGGUAUGUCUCAUGAAAAUAUACUAAGUUUAAGAGAAGUGAUUGGAAGUUAAAACUCUGCCCCUUUGAAAAAGAUGACCAUGGGGAGCAAUGGUAGAGAGAUUUGUUGGCAUCUGUCUGUCUUGAGAGGCAAUGGAGGAGUGCGCCUUUGUGGGGGUGAAGUCAAAUUGUUGGAUGGUUGCAGCACCUGCUGUGGCUGUAGAGCCAAAUAUGAGAGAUACAUCAAAAGAAAUGUAAAUGACAAACAAUGUGAACAGUUGGUAGAAAAAAGUAUUAUGUCAGAACAUUGGAACUCAGUGGAUCUCUCGCUGCAAUUGAUUUUCUAUUGGUUUAGGACAAACAAAAGGGAAUACUUUUUUCAAACAACUUGGUUACUAACUGAAAGACUACAUUGCCAGAUGUGGUAAUGGCUGCUAAUUAACCUUAAAGGGUUAAUCACAUUCAUGAAGAGGAUACUGUUGUGGAUCAUUAUUAUUAUUUGUGGAUCAUCUGUCUUCAGAGGUAUAUUGCCUCUGCGGACAAACAUUAGGAGAUGGUUCUCUCAGUCACAUAGUGCUUGAGAACUUGCUAGUGACAUCUUAAUGUCACUAAUGGAGACCACUAACUAGCGUAAAUGAACCAAUCUAGCAGUUCUUUUCCUGUAUUCUUCUAAGAAGUCUACCAUGAAGAGUGAACAUCAAACGAAGUGCUGUAUUCCUUUCUUGAGCCGUUAAAUACCAGUGAUAGAUCGUUUUAAAACAAUUUACAAAGUCUCCCUGCAAUAUUUAAGGGUUUGUAUUUUAAUUAUUUUUUUAUUUGCACAUAUAACAAGGGGAAGAGAGAGAAAGAGAUGAAAUAACAUUAAAGAACAAAAUGAAGAAAAAGAGAAGAGAACAAUAAUGAUAAUGGCAUAUCACUAUUAGUAAUAUUUGUAUAUUAUUAUUGACCCAAAUUUGAGAGUUUCUUUAAUAUAGGAUUGCUCCAUCAGCAGGAGCAUUAUUGCCAAUAAAAAUAUUUUCAUAGCGGUCCUUGCUAUCUUAAGCGCUUUUGAGUUUUAUUCCCCAGCUUUUCCCAUUUCCUUAGUUCCUUGUUUCCAGGGCCACUUUUUAUUUAUUUAUUAGAUCUAUAUAGAUUUAUAUUCUUUCCUUAAGCUUUGUUUCCCUUUUACUUUCUUUCAGCCUCUUCCUCACUCUGUUGCCUAUUCUGUAUCCUCCCUUCAGCCUCUUUCCUGUGGCCGCCCCAUGUUAGGUUUUUACUCUCUUCCAAACUGACAGUUUCCCUUUCUGUCAGAAGGUGGACUGCAGACUAUUUGAUUUUUUCCAUGCAACAGAACAUUCUUUUUCACCAUUUUAGUAUCAGAGGAUUAAUUCCCAUGACAGCAAUGCAAUAUAUAUUUUAAACUUCCUUAGUAGUUUUACGGUGUUCCCCAUCUACUGCAGUACCUGGCACAAUGUGGAUUAGCUCCCUGCAUUGAUGGUUUUUAAAUUGCCCUUUUCUGCAGAGAAUUUGCCUUGAUGGUUAAGCAUGAUGGAAGAGAUUAUAGGAUUAUAAAAGAUUACAAGCCUUUUCAGGUAUGCUGUUCAAGUAUAUGCUGAAGAGUUGUACUUUUUAUAAUCAAGAAGCGAACAAUAUGCACUACAAAGCAUUAAAUUGUUUUUAAAGACUGACAUUUUUACAAACCAUUUCUUAACUUCAUUCAAGGCAAAAAUGUAAUAAAUGCCUCUUUCACUGUGAACAUUUCAUGGUUAGCCUUUUAAUUAUGGACCCAGAAAGUAUUCUGUUGCACAUAAAUCAUCUUUGCUACAGUAUUCAUUUAUUCAGGUUUGGAACUAUAAAGUACUGUUGCUUUACUAUUCAUAUCUAUUAUUUGUAUAUUUUAUAACAUUUUCAUUAAGAGAAAAAAGUAUCUGAUCAAUUCUCCAUGGUAUUCAGAAAUCCUCUUAAAUGCUGUAGCUUUUUAUAUUUUUCAUUGUCUUGUAUUGUGUACUACCUUGGAGGUCAGAAGUUGGGAUGUAAUUCAAAUUAAAAUACUAGAUUUUGAAAGUAGAAAUAGGUGGGGUUUUUUAAAACUAUCUCCAGUUGCCUUUAUUGCUGCAAAGUUUUUCCACACAUAAGCUGAGGUUCUCAAAUGCCAGUAGUGUGGGGAUAGAUGCGGAUAGCAGACCAGCAUUUGGUGAUGUGCAACAAUUUUACCAGUUUAGAACAUGAGUUUAAAUAUUGAACCUCACUCUACACUGUGCCUCAUAGUAUAAUAGGAUAAAAAAUAAAUAUAUAUUAAUUUCCCUAUGAACAAGGAGAUUCCAGAAGUGAAAUAAACAAAUGAAGAUUACACUCGAUACUUCUACUUUCUACCUUAGUGUUGACUUGCUUUUCAACACAAAUAGCAACUUAGUAUGAGAACAGAUAAUCAAAUAUGAGGUGGCACCAGUUGUUAUGAACUGUAGUGACUCUGUAUUAGUGAAGAAACACCUACCUUUAUUCAUAGCUAGGCAAACACUGAAUUUUGUUAAUAAUUAAACCAUUCAAAUUUUGGUUUUGUUGCUUACUUUAGUACCUAUUGUAUUGUUUUUUCAGUUGAUGAUUGACCAGACUUGCUAAUGAGGCAAGGCUUUUUAAUGUUUAUGGAUUUGAAAUAAACUUGGUUAAAAAGAGAAAAGUAUGUUAUAGAAUCAUAGAAUUGGAAUCAUCAUGAAAGUUGUAGCGAUUGUGAAAGUCAGCCAGCAAUACCAUUCUGUACUUGCAUGCAAAAAAUAUAGUUGAGCAUCAUAGAAAUCUGCAUAUGUGUGAGUCUUAAGGCUGUUUUCCACAUAUCACUUUAGCAGCAGCAUAACAUGUGACUAAGGAAACUUGGAGUGUGGCUACAGCCCUUUCCCAAUUAUUAGAGUUUCAGACUGUUAUCUAAUAAUUCAUUCCCAGAUACUUUGUGAUUGGGUUAGCGGUGUAGAAGGUCAGUAUCAAAUUAUGGAUGAGUCAGCCAUUCUUCCUAGAGUAUGACAGUGCCGUCCAACUUGGGCUGGGCGACAUCUGGUUUUCAACAUCACGAUUUCUAUCUGUGGUGGCGGAGGGCUUUGUUGGGCCUCCCUGCGGGGGCAGAGGGUCCCUCCACAUCUCCCCACAGCAUCAGAGGGCUUUGUCAUGCCUCCCCACGGCAGCAGAAGGAAGUAGUACAUUUAAUAAAAAUAUUAAAUAAGCUUUCAUAUAUUAUAUUUAAUAUAUUUUCAACUAAUUUAAGAGUAGUUUAAGUGAUUUCUUAUUCAAGUUGCAUCUGCUUUCCCACUGAGAGGUCUAAGUGGAAUCUGUGCAUGCAUAAGCCCCACUGAGUUCAACUAAACUUUCUUCUGCUUUCCUGAGAGUAAGCCUCAUUGAAUUCAGUAGGGCUUGCUUGUGAGUAGACACACAUUUGCUUUCACUGCUUACCAAAAAACACCCUCCCCAUCAUUCUCACAUAGUACUCAACCUCCCAUUUCAGCAUGAGGCAGCCAGCUAAAUCUUCUUCCCUCCAUUCUCCCCCCCCCCGCCACAGAAGCCCACCUCCCCAGCCCUCAUCCCACCAAACUCUCCUUUUUAUCAAAGGGAGGGCAAGCAAGCAGAAAGAUAGUCUCCUUUAAAUUAAAAAACACCCUUCCUUUUUAAUGUGGAGGAAAGCUAUUUAGGGGGAACCAACAACAUAAACACCCCCAGAAAAUCAAAAAUAAAAACUCUUCCCCCUCUUUUUUUCACUGGUGAGGGAAGAAAGAUGUGAUUUCCAGUUCUUUGUUUACUUUGCCUCUUUGAUUGUCUAGGCAUGGGGGUCCCUCUUAGAUUGUUAGCAGGCUGUGCAUAAUUACCUGAGCUCUAAGUGGAAAGAUCAGGUGAAGUUGAAAGAGUUUGCUGGUUUGUGUGAGGGCUUAUCUUCAUUUCUUAUUGUUAGGAGGGAGGAGGGAGAGAGCAUAGCCCUACUCCCAACCAGAUUGGAUAAUAAAGAAUUUAAGCUAUAUUAAUGUAUCCAGGUCUGUGUCCCUUGUCACUGGAUAUGUUGCUUAUUCUGUCUAGAAUUGGUCACAGACUAUGUAAAAAUUUGUUGAAGUGUGGAAAAGCAUGCCUGCUUUCUUGUGCAAUUCCUAUUUUUUUUCAAUGGGCCUUGUGUUCACAAGUGGAUCAUGCCCAUAUUUUGUGACUUUGAGGACAAGUUCUUCCAUUUUAAAUAUAUCUGAAAGUAAACAGUGUGCUUUCAAAAGUCCUUUUCCUGUGUACAAGAUUUUUUAAAUUUAUGAAAUAGAUGUUUUAAAAAGCUACAAGAAAUUUAAAUACCAUUCAUCUUAAUCUCAAUGAGACCUAAUAAUAUUUUUUUUUUUUUAAAUAUUUUAUUAAGGAUUUUCUUGUUUUACAGAAGUGUAGUGCCUCGUAUUUUUUUUCCCAUGUAACAUUUUUACAAAUCCGUUUCAUUUGUUGAGGCAUUAGGGGGGAGAAGAAAAGAAAAAAGAAAAAAGAAAGGGGGUGGAGAGAGGGAAGAUGGAUGGGGGUGGGGUCGGGUGGCGGUGUUUCUAUUAUGUUUAAUGUAUGUAGAGUUUGGUGUCAGCGUUGCUUGUGUUGUUCACUUGUGUUCCUUUGGUGGUGAGAGAGGUUGGGGUUGGCCUAGGGUGUGAUUGCUUGCUUGUGAUUGGCUGUGGUGAUCUUUGUUUUCGUGUGUGAGUGAGGUGGGUGGGUGUUUUGGAUCAGGUUAGCCAUAUUGAUUUGUAUGCUGUUGGUGGAUUAUUGUCAUUGUCCUGUUGGGCUGUGUAUGUGAGACCUAAUAAUAUCAGGAAAGAUAAUGGUUUUCCUUCUGCCUUGUAAAUAAAAAUGAGCAGAAAUGGCUUAAGUAAUAGAUAAGGCUGCAGUGUUUGUUUGUUUUUGAGGGGGGGGGGAGUUACCCACUUCUAAUUUUAGAGUGUCAAACCUCUCUUGAUUAUAAGAGACACCUGUUAUACCUAAAAGAGAUACUAGCCUUCAGCCUUAGUGGUAGCAUAUUUGGUAAUUGUUGUGGCCACAGAACUGCGGCUUCAGAGUGAAGCAGUCAGAAAUAGUGUUUAAUAAAUCAUAUAUGCUCUAAAGUAUUAUAAAAUAUUAACAGUUAUUACUGUUUUUGUUAGGAAUGGAUGAUGAGGAAAUGUGUAAAUCUGAGAUUUUGAUAAAUGGCUGUGCUUUAAGUUUAUUAAAAGGGAUACAUGUUUGAUCACUCUAGAUUUGAAUUUAUUUUGUUUACCUACUAUCCAUCUACCUCUUUUAUUAAAACAUUUAUCACCACUCCUGACCACCUUCUACAGCAUACAGAGGAAAUAAAAAAUUGGUGAUUGGCCCAAUUUUUCUUUCCGUGUUCUCUGGCACUUGUAUACUAUUCAUUUUUCAUUUCCUUUUUCCUUCUGCUACUCUGCUUUGGACUUGAUAUUCAUAUUCCAUUUAAUCGAUUUAGUGGCAACUCUGAAAACCAAGAGGGUUUCACAUUGCUCUGAAGGUCAUGAGAUUAUAAGUCAUUCUAAUAUUCUCCAAUUAUCCAGAGCCUUGGGCCUGUUGCCAAGACAUUCCUAUCUCCAGUUCUAAGAGGGCUUGUACUUAAGCCUGACAGCUUUGGAGUUGCUGAAGGAUAUCACUGCCAAGCCAGAUCAUAGUCAGAGGGUUGUCUAGAUGCCUUGGGCCAAUUUUAAGGAGGUUCCACAAAGUAGUACUAAGAAUUUGAAUUUGAUCCAGUGAAGACCCAAUGUAGUAAAUGUCCUUUGGGCUUCUAGUAGGUUCUGAAGUUUCUUACAGAGGAUGAGUCCCUUUUUUAUUUAAUUGAAACUUUUUUAAGGUUCAGCAAGUCAGGCUUGGGGCUUAUAAUAUAAACUGCUGUGGUGUGAGUUGCUCAGUGGUAGAGCUCAUGCUUUGCAUGCAAAAAGUCCCAGGUUCAAGCCAACAACUCCAGUUAAGUUAUACUCAGAAUAGGCCCAUUGAGAUUAGUCAUGUCUACUAAUUUCAUUGGGUCUGAGUAUGAUUAACGUUGGAUACAACCCAAAAUGCCUUUGUCUCAUUCUCCAGAUGUAAGCAAAUUUUACUUUAAAUUGAAUGUUUUAAAAGGCUUCUGUAAAACAUUAUACAAGGAUUAACAUUGUUGCAUUCUGUUGCUAAUUGCUUAAUGUUGAAGUAAUAUGCUUUAUGAAUGAUUGGAGAAGAAAGAAAGUUGGACAAGAUACACUUCUGUAAGGAAUACUUAACUGAUGUACUGUCUUGCUGUUUGCUAAUUAAUCCUUUUUGUUACUACUUUCCCUAGGUUUGUCGAGUUGCCUAUGAAAUCAUGCAGACAUUGCAUCCAGAUGCAUCAGCCUUUUUUCACUCUUUAGAUGAUAUCUAUUAUUUUGGGGGACAAAAUGCUCAUAACCAGAUUGCCAUUUAUGCUCAUCAUCCCCGAACUGCUGAUGAAAUUCCUAUGGAACCUGGAGAUAUAAUUGGUGUUGCUGGAAACCACUGGGAUGGUUACUCCAAAGGCGUCAAUAGAAAAUUAGGAAAAACAGGCUUAUACCCCUCCUACAAAGUAAAAGAGAAAAUUGAGACAGUCAAGUACCCCACAUAUCCAGAGGCUGACAAAUAAAGACAAGCAGGACAGCUCGCCGUAACACUCACUUUGAAGCUAUUUCAACCAACCAUACUGUUGGCUUUUGUGGGAUAUGAAUUUGCAUUUUAACAUACAGUUAAAAUGAAAGCCUUUUAUCAUUCGGACUGGAUAUACAGCUGGAACAAUUCAACGGGCCAUGGUUUGGACUUCUUUUGUUACAUGCACUUGCACUCAUGCACACUGAUACACAUUCAACAGGGAACCUGUUGUUUUAUACUGUUUGUCUCUUUGAGGACAUGUCUCUCCCAUGAGUCAUAUAUGAGCCUUGGGCUCAGUUCUUUGCCAUUAAUAGACUAUAAUAAGACUUUUAACACUGCUGCAUUGUGUAAUUUGAGUGACAUGAGCAUAUUUUGUAUGUGCAGAAUUUAAAACAUGGUGCCUCUCUUUGAAAGAUCCAGUGACCUUUUGGAAGAGCCAUGCCUAGUUCUGUCGAUGGGUAAGAGUUGUACUUGCCUUUAACUGAUGAUGUUGUUAUGACCACUGAAUAUGCUCCAACCAACAGAUUCAAAACUCAGUCUAGACCUUUCUUUAUAGGAGUUUUGUUAGCAAUUUCAUUGAUUAGUUCAUCUCAUCAUUAAUAAAGAGUACAUCCAACAAUAAAAUAAUUGUCUGGUAGGAACUUUUGUAAAACAAUGCCAUGAACAGAUUCUUUGGUACUGUUGCUGGACAUUGUCUUUGAUAACAAAAAAUAAAUUCAAAAAAGAAGUAGCUGGAGUUAUACAAGUAAUUUGAUUUUAAAAUUUGGAAGAACCAACAAAGGUCUAUCUUUCCAGAUCCUUGAUCUCUUUAUUUGGAAAAUUAUCUGUGAUGAAAUUUGAUAACAUUUUGGAUUUUUUCUGGUGUUCUCAAUCAGCAGGAAACUGCAAGUCAAGACUGUUUAUUUCUUUCUUGACCCAAGUGACAAGACUGCAGCCUGUUGGCCCCUGAAUAAUAAAAAAAAUUAAGUGAGUGCACAUGCACACAAACACUCUCUCUUACCUCUCCUGUAGUAUUUCUUUCCAAUUUUUCUUUAUGGC